AUGGGGUCAGCAAGCCAUGGCCAGAUUGGCAGGUAAGUAAGGGGGCAGCCCUCAUUUUGGGGGGGGGGGUUCUUGGGUGGCAGGGUGUCUGGAUGGGCCGUAGGUAGGGAAAGACUCCUCCUCUGAACCCUUGAGAGCUGCUGCCAGCCAGUGCAGGCCGUACAGAGCUUCCUAAGUCAGCCCUGCAUUUGGAACCAUGAGGACUGGAAUCUUGGCAUUAUUUUAAAGCCACUGGUGGAGCGCCUUCUUUGCAUGCAAAAGAUCCCAGGUUUGAUCAAUGGCAGAUCCCGGUAAGGCUGGGAAGGACUCUUGGCCUGAAACCCCGAAGAACCGCUGCCGACGGAGAAAAAGGGAUGCCAUGGUCUGAUUCUCUAGAAGGCGGCUUCCUGGGUUCCAUAUGCGCAUAGUCUUCUGUGGCACGUGAGAUCUCCGCCCCAUGGCGCUUACAGUGCAGGAAAGGAGGCCAGGGAGAGAACUGAGCAAAAAGGCUAACGCAUUGUAGUCAUUAGAGUGUUUGACUUAGAGCCUGCGAGCCCAGGGUUCGAGUCUCACACGCUCAGCUACAUUUUAAAAAUUUAUUUUAGCCUUUUUUCUAAAUAAACAAAUGCUGGGUUUUUAGCUCGCUCCUUGUCUGUUCUCAUUAUUUUGGAAGGUUUUAAGUUGUUGUUCUGAAUUGGUUGUUGUUGUUUUUCUGGUUCUGUUCUUUUUUUUUUAGUAAACCGCUUUGAGGUGCUUUUUUAACAAUCAUAAAACAAAUUUUAUGAAAUAGAUAAAUAAAUAUGUUCUAUCCUGCAUUCCCCAAAAGAGAUAAGGGCAUCAAACACAAGCAUGUUAAAACAAUACAGUUUAAAAGCAAGCAAGAAUGUGUUUAAAAAUCCUUAAAACUAUAUAAAAGCAAUUUACCAACCACGUAAAAACAUUUGAGAGCACCUAAAAUCCUUUUAAGGGACGUGGGUGGCGCUGUGGGUUAAACCACAGAGCCUAGGACUUGCCGAUCAGAAGGUCGGCGGUUCGAAUCCCUGUGACGGGGUGAGCUCCCGUUGCUCAGUCUCUGCUCCUGCCAACCUAGCAGUUCGAAAGCAAGUCAAAGUGCAAGUAGAUAAAUAGGUACCACUCCAGCGGGAAGGUAAACGCCGUUUCCAUGUCCUGCUCUGGUUCGCCAGAAGCGGCUUUGUCAUGCUGGCCACUUGACCCGGAAGCUGUACGCCGGCUCCCUCGGUAAAGCGAAAUGAGCGCCGCAACCCCAGGGGUCCCUUUACCUUUUUAAAAAACCUUUAAAAAGGCAUUGCAGACCCUCACAGUUGUCCAUUAUCAAGUAGCUUUCAUGAGGCCUUCCUGGAACCACGGUCUCUCAACCUUGAGCCUACCUCACAGGGUUGUUGUUCUGAAAAAGGAAAGGAAGGGGAUCUGCUCCUCUAGCUCCUUGGAGGAAAAGGAUGGCUAUAAAUGUCACGAUAAAUAAAAAUGAACAGAGGAAAGUUGGAAAGGGAGGCUAAGGCUUCAGCCAGGGGGUGGGUGACUGUGGCAGUUAUACAGACUUAGCACUGAGAAUUAGGGCUAAGCAACUGGGGUCUGUGCCGGAGAUUUAACAGGCGAAGGGGAAUCUGAAAUAACAAAGUCCCUACAUAUGCACUUAUUUAAACAAUUUGCAAGAGUGUGUUUAAUCCCACAUAUGCAUUUAUUUAAAUAAGAAUGCUCUUAUUUCCACAUACGAGUUUAUUUAAAUCGUCCUGCUUUCCAAAGGGUUUUCCAAACGUACAAUAAACAGAGUUUUAUGGCGAGUUCAGCCAGAGGGCUGGACCCAGUCUCCCUGCGGAACCCCUGCAACGCUUUGCCUAUUAAUUUGCCCAUUUCAGCUCAGCAAUAUCCAGAGUUUUUUGCAAUUCCUUUUCCUUUGAUUGGUACGACUUGUAUUGUUUAUUUAUUGAAUUUAUAUACCACCCUAUAGGGACGCGGGUGGCGCUGUGGGUUAAACCACAGAGCCUAGGACUUGCCGACCAGAAGGUCAGCGGUUCAAAUCCCUGCAACGGGGUGAGCUCCCGUUGCUCAGUCCCAGCUCCUGCCAACCUAGCAGUUCAAAAGCACAUCAAAGUGCAAGUAGAUAAAUAGGUACCGCUCCGGCGGGAAGGUAAACAGCAUUUCCGUGCGCUGCUCUGGUUCGCCAGAAGCAGCUUAGUCAUGCUUGCCACAUGACCCGGAAGCUGUACGCCAGCUCCCUCGGCCUAUAGUGCGAGAUGAGCGCGCAACCCCAGAGUCGGUCACGACUGGACCUAAUGGUCAGGGGUCCCUUUACCCUUUACCUUACCGCCCUAUACCCGCAGCUCUCAGGGCGGUUUACAGAAUAAAGUCAAAAUAUAAAACCACAAAAUCCAUAAUCAGAAUAAAAUAAAAAAAUUUUAAAAAGGGCUGUCAGGAUGUCAAUCAAUGGCCAGUAAUCAAUGGCCAGCAAAGCCAUUAUUUUAGCAUGUUCUGUUUUGGGAAGCCUGGAUUUUGAAAAAAGUGACCCUUACCUCUCUGGGCUUUUGUUUCUGCUUUUUGUUUUUGUUUCAUGAGAACUAGAAACUUGCCCUGCCUCCCCACAUAUUCCUGGUUUGUGGCAUUUUUGUACUGAGGCAGUUUGAGGUCUUUCAGUGUGUGUGCUUGUGUUUUAAAGGCUUCUGGGCUUAGAUUUUGGCAGGGUCAGAAAGGAAUCCAUCUCUCGCCCCCAGAAGCAGAAGCCAGCCAGGUGUGCCCUGGUAUUUAUUGAUUUCCUCUCUGUCUGGAGUGUUUCAGGUAACAACCUUCCCUGCAGGGCACAGAUAGCAGACGCGGUCCAGGUGUUGCACUGAUCUGCUUCGACAACUCCCCCCCCCCUCGUGCCCCCCUACGGCCCUAAUUGCAAGGCAACGAACAAAUUCAUUUUUCCUCCUGAAAACAAAAUGGAGGCGGCAAUGUUUAUUGUUGUUGUUGUUUAGUCGUUUAGUCGUGUCCGACUUUGUGACCCCCUGGACCUGAGCACGCCAGGCACUCCUGUCUUCCACUGCCUCCCGCAGUUUGGUCAAACUCAUGCUGGUAGCUUCGAGAACACUGUCCCACCAUCUGGUCCUCUGUCGUCCCCUUCUCCCUGUGCCCACCAUCUUUCCCAACAUCAGGGUUUUUUCCAGGGAGUCUUCUCUUCUCAUGAGGUGGCCAAAGUCUUGGAGCCUCAGCUUCAGGAUCUGUCCUUCCAGUGAGCACUCAGGGCUGAUUUCCUUCAGAAUGGAGAGGUUGGAUCUUCUUGCAGUCCAUGGGACUCUCCAGAGUCUCCUCCAGCACCAGAAUUCAAAAGCAUCCAUUCUUCGGUGAUCAGCCUUCUUGAUGGUCCAGCUCUCACUUCCAUACAUCACUACUGGGAAAACCAUAGCUUUUACUAUACAGACCUUUGUUGGCAAGGUGAUGUCUCUACUUUUCAAUAAUGUUCAUUAUUGAUCCCUUUAUUUAGCAGAAUACCACUGUGACUGCAGCAAAACCUCUCAGCCAUUUGCAAGAAGUAUUGAAAUCACCCACCCGGGAAAAGUUCAAAACUUUUAAAGAUAUUUAAAGUUAACAGUAAAAAACAACAAACCAAAAACCAAAACAGAUUUAAAUUCCCCUCAAAUUCUACGUGUCUGGGGGCAGGCUUGCAUAAAUGACCGCGUUUUAAGCAGGCGUCGAAAUAAAGAAUAUAGAAAAGGCAUCAAGAGGCAAUUUUAGGUCAAUUUCUUGCAAAUGCAAAACGGAUAAUAUGUGGCGCUGGCUCCGCAGGUCGACGCAGUUGAGGGAGCACCUAUCGAAAGGUGAGAUCCGAGGGCCAGACAGAGACUGCUUGAGGGCCGCAUUUGGGAGUUUGAGGGCCGCAUUUGGUCUAGGACGAUGACAGGAGCUGGAAGUUGGGGGGGGGGCACAGGUUCCACAGCCCCUAGCGUGACCUCUUGGGGACACGCAAAGGAAAAGGGUGUGUGUCUUUUUUUCCAUCAAGAUUUACGGGAUUCCUUUUCACGCAUUUCAGGCAGAGAAUUCCCACUGAAAGCUCACGGGGCGCAACCAGAAGACCCCCCCCCCCAAGCUGGGGUUCCAGUCCACCAAAUGCCUCUCUCUUGGUGAGGUCCGUCUGCGUGAUGUGGGGGGAGCCAGGAAAUGGUUAGCGUUUCCUACCCCAAACUAUGCAUUCCAGAUGGCGUAGCAACAGCUUUUCUUUUCUUCUUCUAAAAGAAGGAUAUAAAUCAAAGAGGGGGGUUUUCUUAGGGGGUGGGGUAGCAUCUUCUGCCACCUUCCUCUGAAAUCGGAGGGCUUUCAUCCUUUAAUAAUUGGCGAGUGGCAGAGAAUUUCAGAAGAUAAUUUGGCCCACUUCCCUGCUUAUUUUUUUAUAGGGGAAUCUGGGGCCGGCCCUACUGUUAGGUGGGUGUUGUAAAACGGCAGCCAACUGCUGUUUAAUUUGGGCGAGAACAUUAUACUGACUUAAGUCAGACCUCGGGGGUCUGCCUAGCUAAGUAUUGUCAACUCAGACCGGCAGCGGCUCUUUCCAGGGGACAUUCACAGCCCUACUUGGAGAGGCUGGUGGGUUUUGAACCCGGGACCUUAUGCAUGCAAAGCAGAUACUCUCCCGCUGAGCUAGGGGGCCUUCCCCUUAAAAUGAAGCUAAGGUUCCAGUCCUCAUUGUUUGGAAUAGAGGGCUGAUUUAAAUAGGAACACAGCAAAGGGCUUUCUAUGGAGCCUUUUCAGAUUGAAAACCAGGACACAUGUCUCCCUGAUCAAGUCAAAUGACCUGCGGGCCAGUGUUUCCCAAUUGUUGGUGUUUAUACUAUAUUUUUUUUUUAGAUAUGCCUUGAGACAGUCUUUAAACCUCUUUUGUUGACCACCAGCAUUGCACUUUCCAUUUUUAAGUUCGGAAUAGACUAGUUGCUUUGGAAGGUGAUCAUCAGGCAUCCGCACGACAUGACCAGUCCAAUGAAGAACAUGGUUGAUUGGGAACACGCUACUAACCCCAAAUGGGAUGUCUGAACUAUUUCAAUGAACUAGUUCCUUCCCCGCCCCCCCGCCCCCCAGUAAAUAUGCUGAGGGUAUAUAUCCUUUGUGUAUUUGCAGGAUCUCCAGUGAAAAGUUUCUGGGAGCGAAAAUCCCGGUGAACUCUUGAAAUGGGUUGGGUGGUUCAAAAUGGCCAACAACAAACUUGUCUUGCAGGGAGGGGAAUCGAACCCUGAAUUUGGGUUUUGUUUGGCGGGCAUCUUGGAAGCUUCCAGAACAGCUUGCGUGUGGCCCAUCAGCUCUCGUUGGGCGGCCUUGACCAAGAUUGCCAGGUCCCUCCUGGGAGAACGUUUCCUGCCACCCUUUUCAACAGUUGGCCCUCGUGGCUGCCCGCCAUGUCCCACCCUGUCUGGAGAGCAUAGUUUCCUGCCCUCGCGAGCCUUUGGCCUUGGAGCGAUCAAACGCAGAGAGGCUGAACUCUCCCCCUUCUCAAGAGACUUCUGGUUUGUGGAAAUAACUUAUCUCUCUUCCAAGCUGCGUGGGACCUCUGCAAUCGUAAUAAUCAAAGGGAGAGUUGACCUGUCAUAAAGAAGGAAUUAUUUUAGGAGCAGAGAGACAGAACGCUGAAUUUUGAGACAGAUCGCAAUCUCAGUUCCAAGAAGGCCUGACGGGGAAUGAAAGCAUUUUCCCGCCCCGUGCGACAGAGGCCUGGGACCGUGUCCCGUACUCUCCCACCCAACGCAACAACAAAGCCAAACAUGUACAAAAGAGCCGAACGUCUGCGCACCCGUUAUAUUUUCACAUGUGCUUGUUCUCUGCUCCCCAGGGUGUUUGCUAGCCGAGGGCGACGUUUACGAUGUUUGGUGACAGUUUUGCCGCGUGGUCAGCGAAGCCUGUUGAGAAAGCUGCUUUGAAAAUUGUGCCACCCAGGUCGACGUUUCUGGGGAAAGGGCCUUUCCCCUCCCCAAAACCACAGGUUGUGCAUGAGCGAUGAUGGCUGUGUCCCACCUCCUGUGCUGGAGGCAGUAAAUGCCACUGGAUGAGAAUAGUUGCUGGGGAUCGCCAGGGAAACGAGAAUUGCAGUUGCACUCAGAUCAUGCUUGCGAGUUUCCCUAGCUGACCCCUAGGAUGGGGGUUAGCAAGGUUUAUCUUGCCUGGGCUGGAUCGGUUCUAUGGAGAUCCCUCCGUGGACCGGAUCGUGCCCGUGCCCACGAUUUUUGACGUCUGCGUGUGUGCAGGCGCAAUUUUCACGCCUGCGCAGAUGCGAUUUCUGGUGCCACGGAAGCGAGUCGCUGCGCUGGUAGCUCGGUUUGGGAGCAGCUCGUGGGCCAGUCAAACAACCUCCACAGGCCGCUUUUGGCCCAUGGGCCUUAGGUUGCUGACCCCUGCCCUAGGAGGACAGGAUUGCUGGACUAGGUGGCCUAGCUCCAGGGCUCUUCUGAUGGAACCUCCAGGCCCAGAGCCAGUCUACCUAGAUCCCUAGGUUCUUGGGGGCAUUUGGCUGCUGUGAGAACAGGGCUCCUUUUGCCCUGAUCCAGUACCUCCCCCUAUUCUUAUGUUCCUGGAAUCUCAUGUAGCAGAAAUGGGCUAAAGAACUUUCCUCCGAGAUUUAGAUUCUCCAGUUUGGCCUUGAUCGCCUUGAUUCAAGGUAUACUGCCUUGAAACAGGGAGGCUCCAUAUAUCCAUUAAAAAAUCAGAAUACAAGAAGGGCCAUUCAGCGGCUGGAUCUGGCCAACGUGGGGCACUUGUAUUAUGGCAACCUCUUCUCCCUGCGGCCAGCCAGGUGCCCAAAUUGGAUAGUCCUAGAGCAGGAGCUGGGCAUAACAGUGGUGCUCUGUGAUUCCCUCAAAUUCUGCCCCUGACAGGAGAGGUACAACGUAUGUUCUAGGCAAUUGUCCUUACUGAACCCCAGCUAAAGCCACCAUUCAUCACACCUUGUGACCAUGUUAUUGUUGUUGUCGUUUAGUCGUGUCCGCCUCUUCGUGACCCCCUGGACCAGAGCACGCCAGGCACUCCUGUCUUCCACUGCCUCCCGCAGUUUGGUCAAACUCAUGCUGGUAGCUUCGAGAACACUGUCCCACCAUCUGGUCCUCUGUCGUCCCCUUCUCCUUGUGCCUUCCAUCUUUCCCAACAUCAGGGUCUUUUCCAGGGUGUCUUCUCUUCUCAUGAGGUGGCCAAAGUCUUGGAGCCUCAGCUUCAGGAUCUGUCCUUCCAGUCAGCACUCGGGGCUGAUUUCCUUCAGAAUGGAUAGGUUUGAUCUUCUUGCAGUCCAUGGGACUCUCAAGAGUCUCCUCCAGCACCAGAAUUCAAAAGCAUCCAUUCUUCAGCGAUCAGCCUUCUUUAUGGUCCAGCUCUCACUUCCAUACAUCACUACUGGGAAAACCACAGCUUUAACUAUACGGACCUUUGUUGGCAAGGUGAUGUCUCUGCUUUUUAAGAUGCUGUUGUGACCAUGGAUUCUCUAAAUUAAGUUUCCACUUCACAAAUAAAGAGGUUGCCACAGACGCCGUUCUCCACCUCGACAUUUAAUCCCCACAGCAACCCUGUGAGGUAGGUCAGGCUGAGAGAGGCAGUGACUGGCAGCCCCCAAGGGUCACCCCCCCGUGAGCUCCCAGUGAGCCGAGUGGGAGGAUUUGAAUCCAUGUCUCUUGGGUCCAACACUCAUUGGUGUCCAAACUUUUUUCAAAGAGGGCCAGAGUUGAUGAAGUAAAGGGCCGUGGGGGCCGAUCAAAGCUGUUGAGCUUCUUUUAGGACUGAAGGUGUUGAGGGUUUUUUUUUUUAGGAUUUUAGCCCAGGAAAUAAACUUCCACAGGGGCAGGAUUAAACCGACUGGUGGGCCAGAUUAGGCCCCCCAAAACGGACUUUGGACAUAACCACUACGCUACCACCAUCUCUCUCUUGUGGAAGAGAACUACUUUUGAGCGGCACAUUAAACAACUGAAAGUCUGGAAGAAUAAGAAAUCAAGAUAGCAAACUUUUUGUAGCAGAAUGGAGAUGCUUUACUGAAUAUUUACAGAUAAACUGUAAACAGAUAAAAACAUUGGCAGGAUUAUUGUAAUAACCUGCAGUUUCGUAAAGAAGAUAAAUAAAUGAGCAAAUUAAGUUAAUUAGGAGAUGCAGAAGAUACUAAAAAUAAAUUUGAGGAACCGCAGAAAGAGGGGGAAGCAAGUCACCUUUUGAAAUGUCAAAAUGAUUGUAAAAUCAGUGAAAUGUAUAAACCUGAGAAACAUAAAUAAAAAAUUCAAACAAAAACAACAACUGAAAGUCCGAACAGCAUUGAAAGCUGCUGAACAGGAAAAUAUUUUUAGUGUCAGCCGCUCUCUGCAAGGUGCAUGUUGACGGAUUAAUGUGCUGCGCACUAAGUACAGAACCAUGUGUGCGCGCAUUAGAGAAGAGAGCGUUCUUUUAUUGCUCUGUUGGAAGAAACUCCGAGGGCUGUCUCAUCGUCACGGGCUCCGUCCUGAGCCAGGACAACCUCUGCAAACAUCCCCACCAAAUUCCUGUCCAACUUUUUUCUCCCUUGCAAAAAUAAUAAUUAAAAAGCGCCCCCGGGGAAGGAGAUUCCACAGCCGCCUCCCUGCGUGAGUCAGCUUCGCUUGCUUUUGUAGCACCUGAUUCCUGCUUGCGUAGGUUGAUCUCUGGGCGUGCGAGGGGGGGCGCUUUUACUUGUGGGGGUUGUUUUGCCCCAAUCUGGUUGGUGACAAUGCUGGCUACCCAUGUGAGCCAGCCUCUGACUCAUCCUUGGCCUGCCGCGAGAAUCUCUUGGCGGUCACACAGGGUAAUAAAACUGUUGCAUGCUCGUUCCCCUUGCUUCCUUUUGUGCAAGAUGGGCGAUUUUUCAGGAGAGAUGGGGAAGGUGAGAACCGCCGGCCCCCCCUUAGUGAGUGACUCACUUCAGCAAUAGGACAGGGCAGCCUGUUGACCUCUGGAUAGGAAAGGAUUGGAGCCAGAAAGUUUGUGAUGGGAGGGCAAGUGUCCCGAGGGUGAAACUGGGGUAGCUCUCGUGAAAAUUUCUUUGGGGAAGAGAUUUUGAUUUAAAUCUGCAUUUAAAAGCAAACCUGCCUAAUCUGCAAUUUCUGCAAAACGGGUAUGUGACCCGAAGCACAGCCCUCCCUGGAAAUCUGCAUUUCUCUGAAUUUUGCAGGGUAGUAUCGAAAAAUGCAUAUAACUAAGGUGGAAUGUGGAAAUAAUGCAGGAAGAACGUGUUGAAUUGGGCGUCGUCGCUUUGCAAAAGCGUGUCCGUUCGGCGAAAUCACGUUCUGACGUGGGUUGUAGUGGAAAUGUGAAACGAAAAUGCAUUGUAUAAGGGGAAAUGGCUUUGCAAAAAAAUGUGUCUGUCGGGCAAAAUUGCAUCAGAAAUGUGCGCGUUAUGAGAAACUCACACUAAAGUGGUCAAUUUGUAGAGUCGGAAGGGACCAAAGGAGUCAUUCUAGCCCAGCCCCGUACAAUGCUGAUGAGUUUUUGUGAGGAGUUUAAAACAAAAUCACAAACUGGUGUGGAGAACUGAACUUGAAAUGAAAGACUGAAAGAAAUUUGCAGGUGUCCUUCAUCCCUAGCACACAUUAACCUUUUCAGUCUGCCAGGAGGGUUUUCUUAAGAUCGACCGAUCUACAAUACCUUGAGCCAUGGAAGCUGUCCAAAUUAAUGUCAUGUAUGUUGGUUUGUUUUAGUGUGCUGGUUGUCCCCAGCAUUGAGUUCGACAAAUAUUUUCUUUCUUUCUUUUUAAAUAUAUUUUAAAAUUUUAUUAGUAUUUUCCACACAACAACACAAAAAAUAUCGAAAAAUAACAAUACACAAAACACAAAAACCAACGUACAAAAAAACCCAAAUCCAUAUCUUACAAAUUAAUAAUAUAAACGCUAAAAAGAAAAACACACUGACUUCCACCAAUCCUACAACACCUCCUUUACCUCUCAUUGUGUCUUCCUGUUUUCCUUAUCAUCUCUAUCCUAGCAUCUAGAUAUAAAUCUAGAUAUAAAUCUUUUCACCAGUAGGCGGGGAAUUCCAAAGUUCCACACUAAGAGAUCAAUUCCGUACAAAUGCAGAAUGGAGGGAGGGAGCUGGCCUAGUAGGGGGAAGGUGAUGGAAAUAAUAAUAAUAAUAAUAAUAAUAAUAAUAAUAAUAAUAAUUUAUUAUUUAUACCCCGCCCAUCUGGCUGGGCUUCCAUCAAAGAGCCCCGGUGCUCUCUGAGCAAGGAAGCGCCCAUAGUUUUGCCCGCCAGAUGUCCCCCUCCACCCUCUGGCUCUGAUGUGCUGGCGCCGUGGCAGCCAGAGACUGAUUCGAUCUCGGUGCCUGGUGACCUAACCGUUGUACGGUUGAUGAGGAUCCCCUGGGAAGGGGAUGCGAGCGAGAGACUCGGAGGCCAGCAAAGCUCUUGCUGCUUGGACUCUGCCUUGACGCAGCGGGGGGAAGCGCUGAAGUCAGUGGUCCCUGCGUGAGAUUGUCCUCACAGCCAGCUUUCAAAAGGGAGUUUUCUUAUGCACGAUUAAAUCAUAGGGACAGAAGAUGCUGAGCUGGUUUUAAGGCGCAUUCCUUUCUCCACCUAUCCCAGAAGUCCAUAUGGUCUCGCAAUAGCCAACGCAGCACCCUCAGAGAGCCUUGUACUCCAGCGCUGGGCAGGCAGCGGCGCUCAGUGGUUAGGGACGAUACGAGUUGCCGCCAAGCCAGACCUGUGGGGCCACUUCCGAUUUAUUGAAAAUAUUUUACCCCGCUUUUUAACCUUGUUUUGGAGAAAACAAUCCCAGGAUUACCAAAGAUCAGUGGUAAGAACAUCCCGAAACCUGGAUGUCCUGAUAUACCUCAUCUGGGUGCAAAUAGGCAUUUUUGGAUCUGAAUGGGUGGGUAUUUGCCUCUAAUGCUAGUUCUUCACAGAGAAAAACUAUGGAUGUUUAUUACAUGACUACCAAUGACUGCCAACCACAAUGGCUAUGUUUUCCCUUGAAGGUCUGAUUUUUAAAAAUAUUAUUAUUACAGUGGUACCUUGGUUUACGAACUUAAUCCGUUCCGGAAGUCCGUUCUUAAACCAAAGCGUUCUUAAACCAAGGCGUGCUUUCCCAUAGCAGCGGGGGACUCAAUUUACAACACACUCAACAGGAAGUGAAAUGUGUUCUUAAACCAAGGCAAAGUUCACAAAUCGAAACACCUACUUCUGGGUUUGCAGCUUUUUUCUUAAUCCAAGUUGUUCAUAAACUAAGUUGUUCUUAAACCAAGGUACCACUGUAUUAUUAAUUAGAUUCAGCAGUGAGUGCAAGACCUCCACAGCUUGCAGUGAACCUUCCUGUGUUCAGUGAAAGGAUCCUCCUUGACUAUAAAGCAAUGGGGCAUUAAAAGCAGGGAUAUUCCCAUCAUGCUUUGCUCAGGAACUUUCCUGGAGAGGCUGCCUGACUCAGCCGCCAUCUUUCUGCCUCGCCCACAAACAGCAGCUCCCUGACCAUCACUGCCUUGUUUUCCUUUCCAGGUUUCCCUUGGCUUCCAUCUCCUUGACUCUCUCCGCGAUGAUGUUGACGGCCAGCCUCUGCCAAGCCGCUGAGAAGGUGAGUCAGUCUGCAACAAUGGGCUUACUCACGAGCAAAGAUCUUUUUUGCAAACAUUAGCUACCUUCGCUUGGAGAAAUCAAUUCCCCAAGUGAAGGCGGUUAACCUUUGCAAAAGUUCUGGACGGAGAAUAAUAAUAGGAGCUGGAGACUGACAGCAUGAGAACUCAGAAAAGUGAGGACUAGCGGCUUGGAGUUUGGUAAGAAUCUGCCUGCAAUCUGAUUGCAUUAAGGAUAUCAGAGGAGCUCAGCUGGAUCAGGCCAAGGGAACAAGUCCAGUAUCCUGUUCCCAGAGUGGCCAACCAGAAGCGCACUAGCAGGACUAGCAACACUCUCCCCUCCUUGACUAUGUCCAGUUCUCUUUUAAAGCCAUCCAAGUUGGUGUCCUGCAGCAGUGAGUUCCAUAGUUUAACUAUGUGCUGGAUGAAAAAGGUCUUUUUCAUUUAUCUGCCCUGAAUCUUCCAGCGUUCAUCUUCUUUGGAUGUCCACAAGUUCUUUUUGCUCUUUUCAACACGAGGACUGCCUGAGUCACUCAGCCUCUGGAUACAGGUUAAAUGGCCUCCCAGCCCUCAGUUUUCCCCAUCUAUAAAAUGGGCAUAAGAAACAGCAGCGGGCGGAUUCGGCUUGUUGAAAUAGCGUUCUCUUUCCCUCCCUGCAAGAACAGGGGGCACACAAACACACACACAGUUUUAUUAUCUGCAAAACAAAAUUUGUUAUAGAGUUGUGUGCAGGCUUUUGCCGCAUUAAUAGAACUGUUAUUUUUAACUUUCUUUGUUUUUCCUGCCUCUGUUGAAGCCAGAGCAAGGCAGCCAGGAAACUUAAUGGUGGGCAGGAGCUAAAAUAAACGGGCUCAAGGCCCCCUCACUCCACACUUUAGGGAAAUCCUUUUUCAGUUAUGGGAAAAUCAAGACGCCGGCUAUUUCUGGAAGGUUAAAAGGGAGAUCUGUUGCGUCCGGAGGCCUAAACAUUGGCCUCAAUUGUAAUCAAGGCUCUUAUUUGUUCCACAAUAAUAAGAAUAAAAGCUUGUUGUUGUUUAGUCGUUUAGUUGUGUCCGACUCUUCGUGACCCCAUGGACCAGAGCACGCCAGGCACUCCUGUCUUCCACUGCCUCCCGCAGUUUGGUCAAACUCAUGCUGGCAGCUUCGAGAACACCGCCCAACCAUCUUGUCCUCUGUCGUCCCCUUCUCCUUCUCCAUCUUUCCCCACAUCAGGGUCUUUUCCAGGGAGUCUUCUCUUCUCAGGAGGUGGCCAAAGUAUUGGAGCCUCAGCUUCAGGAUCUGUCCUUCCAGUGAGCACUUAGGGCUGAUUUCCUUCAGAAUGGAGAGGUUUGUUCUUCUUUCAGUCCAUGGGACUCUCAAGAGUCUCCUCCAGCACCAGAAUUCAAAAGCAUCAAUUCUUCGGCGAUCAGCCUUCUUUGUGGUCCAGCUCUCACUUCCAUACAUCACUACUGGAAAAACCAUAGCUUUAACUAUACAGACCUUUGUUGGCAAGGUGAUGUCUCUACUUUUUAAGAUGCUGUCUAGGUUUGUCAUUGCUUUUCUCCCAAGAAGCAGGCGUCCUUUACUAAUUUCGUGGCUGCUGUCACCAUCUGCAGUGAUCAUGGAGCCCAAGAAAGUAAAAUAUCUCACUGCCUCCAUUUCUUCCCCUUCUAUUUGUCAGGAGGUGAUGGGACCAGUGGCCAUGAUCUUCGUUUUUUUGAUGUUGUGCUUCAAAUCAUAAAAGCUUACAAGCAAGCAAAUCCUGAGCAUUAUCAGCCUUUAGCUUCAUCCCCAUAACCUGUGAAAUGGACAUAUUCCAGACCUAUCUGGACAACUCAGUUGUGGAGAUCAUGGCUGACGUAAGGAGCCCUGCACUUUUAACAGUGUGGGGAAAACAUUCAUGAAUAAGAAAUACUGAACUGAGCAAUGCGUAUCAGCGGUGGCUCCACCCCCUCGAUCAUUUUGCUAGCUCUUUUCUGAACCUACAAUAUCCUUUUUCAAGCGAGGCGACCAGUACAGUCCUCAAAAUGCAGUCCUACCAUCCAUUUGUAUAAUAGCAUUAUGAUAGUGGCAGUUUUGAUUUCGAUUCGUUUCCUAAUGAACUCUAGCAUGGAAUCUGCCUUGUUCAGGUGUGGUUAAGAAAGUCAAGGGGCAUCUUAGGAGCUUAAUAAUAAUAUUUAUUAUUUAUACCCUGCCCAUCUGGCUGGGCUUCCCCAGUGUGGGAAGCAGAGAGUAGGGAGUUAAUGUGGGGCCGGUGUGGGGUUGGCCGGUGGAGCGAGCAGCCCCUAAUAUAUACAUACUUUCCGUAAUAUAAAUAUGGCAAUCUUGAUUAAUGACCAUCUAAAAACAGAAUCCAAAGAGAAUCUCGAGAUUUGUUCCAUCCUUUCAUUUCCAAUUUAACCUUUUAAAUACAUGUGCGUAAUAAAUCAACUCGUCCUUUUGAAAAUUAUUAUUGUGGCCCACGCUUUCUGCCAGGCAGCUGAUAAACGUUGGCGUGACUUUGGGAUCCAUCAGCAAGCUCCCAACCAAGUCUUUAUCCUUCGGAUUAACUGUAUCUUUAAAAAGUCCAAGGAAUAUAGCAUCUGGUUCGAAGGAUAUUCUAUAUAUCCUAUAAUUCUGUCCCCCACCCCACUCCCAAAAUUGGUUUUUUUUCCCUUUUCUACAACAGGAAUGAGGGACAUCUGUGACCCUCCAGGUGGGAGCUGGAAUCCAGCAAAAUCUGGAGAUGGCCAGGCUGAAGGGGGGAGAUGUAUAUGCAAGCCAUGGGUGCGGAUUAUGAGCCCUCCAGAUGUUUCUGGAUUCCAGCCCUUAGCAAGCCAGUGGGGGCCGGCCGGGGUCAAGGGUGAUGGGAACUGUAGCGCAGCAACAUCUGGAGGGUGCUAGCACUUAAAUAACACAGGGGCCGUCCAGAGAGAGAAUAAAUCCCGAUAACACUUUGGAGAGGGAAACUGAACAAAAACAGCGUAUGAUUCGAAUCGAACGAAACAGAGAGGUUUUGUCCCCCUGCUCUGUGGCGCUUUUCCUCCUCCUCUGCACGUGCAGAAGUGCAGAACGGGCAAAGCUUUCCCCAAACUGACUCUCCAGGGACGUUUGCCGGCGGCCGGAUUUGUUGCUCGCGAAAUAAGGCCGCCUUUUUCAGAAGGGGGACAAAGCGAGAGGUUGUUCAAAUGAAAGACCCUUCUCUCCGGUCGGCGUGAAAAGAAGCAUCUCAGUUUAUUUCUCUCUGGGUCGUAUGCGCUUCGUCAGCUUGGACCCGUGUGCGUUGAGCAUCUGGGCUCAAUUUUCUAGAUGUUGAUUUUGUAACUUUAGACGGAGACCCUGGAAGGCGGUGGUUUGGGGUGUUGCAUCACGGACGAAAUGGAAAGCAGGGAAAAGUAGCCCCCAAAGGCCUUUCUGAUGAGUAUCGCUGGUGGAAUCAGAAGGGGGAAUUAUUCUAGCCAGAGGUGGAAACUCCUUCCUCCUUGUGCUUGGGGUCAAUCAUCACCUCUUAAUUUUUUAUUUUAUUUUUUUACAUAGGAAAUUACUAUCUGUACAACAAACCUGUAAGGUAGACUGUUGAUAUUCUGGUUUUUACAGACACAGGCUCACAGCUGAGAGAUAACCCUACUUGGGGACUUCCCUGGCUUUUUUCUGGCCCAUGUAGGACCAGUCUGGAUAGUUAGCCUUGGUGAAGACUUGACGUUUUCAUCCCCAAAAAAGUUUUUGCGUUUCUGCUGAAAUGAGGCUGCAUUUUAAUGCUGUAUUUUAAUCUUGUUUUUAAGUUGUAUUUCAAUCAAUCUGUUUUAUAUUUGGUUAGCCUGGUCUUGGCUGGGGAGGGCGGGGUAUAAAUAAAAUGUAUUAUUAUUAAUAUUAUUAUUAUUAUUAAACAGCCUGCCGUCUUUGUAGGUCUGAGGCAGAGCGCCUGUUUGGCAUGCAGAAUGUAUCGGGAAGUUUUUAAUGCACGAUGUUUUAUUAUGUUUUUAUAUUUUGCUGUAAGCCGCCCAGAGUGGCUGGGGAAACCCAGCCAGAUGGGUGGGGUAUAGAUAAUGAAAUUAUUAUUUUUAUUAGUAACGUUCCUGGUAGUCAUCCCUGUAAACUCCAGUUAGAAUUAUCUCAGGUAGCCAAUGAUUCCCUGUUUAUUUCAUUAAACUGUGGAACUGACUCCUGCAGGACAGUGACGGAUGCCAAUGUGGUUGGCUUUAAAAAAAGAGGGUACGAAUUCAUAGAGGAGGAGAAGCCUAUUAAUGGCUGCUAGCCAUUGAUAGCCUUCUUGACUCCCUCUCUAAAAACCAGCUUCUGGUUCAGCGUGCAGCCUCAGUUUCCCAUUUCUUACAACCAGUUUGGGUGGAGCUGGCCCUGCCUCUCAGCUUCCUCCUCAAUCUCAGUGUCGCCCCUUGCAGAACUCAGCAGAGAGCAGGAUGGGAACAAAGACUUAGAAUCACAGAACCACAGUCGGGUGGGACCCCGUGGGAUCAUCUAGUCCAACCCCAGGCAACGCUGUAAAGAACCCUCGAAAAACGGCCACCCAACCUCUGAUUAAAUGCCUCCAAGUGAAGGAAAGUCCAUCACCUUCCAAGGAAGUCCGUUCCCCUGUCUGUCUUUUCUUCGCCUGGCUAAACAUACUCAACUCCCUCAAAAAUCAAAAUUACUUGACUCUGACUGUCAUUAGUUGUGGUGCCCCCUAACUGUUGGGCUCAUCAACUUUUGCCCUCUCCCCAGUCCUGACGGGCAGCAGCCACCCCUGCAAGAGCCUGAUUGGUCCAUCUGAACCUCCACAUUCAGAGAAAGUCUACCUCUGAAAACCAAUUGUGGCGGCAAUAAUAAUAGUAAUAAUAAUAAUAAUAAAAAAAUUCAUUUAUACCCUGCCAGAGCCGGGCUUAGGGCGGCUAACACCAGUAAAAUGACAAUAGAAACAUAAUGGGGGGGACCCAAUUUAAAAUACAGGUUAAAAUGCAAUUUAAAAUGCAGCCUCAUUUUAAAAGUAGCCCAUAGAUCAAAACCGUAAGGGGAGGGAAAAACGUAAGGGUUAGACUGAGUCCAAACCAAAGGCCAGGCGGAACAGCUCUGUCUUGCAGGCCCUGCGGAAAGAUGUCAAGUCCCUCAGGGCCCUGGUCUCUUGUGACAGAGCAUUCCACCAAGUCGGGGCCAGUACUGAAAAGGCCCUGGCUCUAGUUGAGACCAAUCUAACCUCCUUGCGAUUUGGGACCUCCAAAGUGUUGUCAUUUGUGGACCUUAAGGUCCUCCGCGGGGCAUACCAGGAGAGGAGGUCCCGUGGGUCCUAGGGCUUUAAAAGUCAAAACCAGCACCUUAAACCUGACCCUGUGCUCCACCGGCAAAUAACCCACAAUCCUUUUGAGUGCCUUUUAGAGCAAAAGCACCCCAGGUUCCCUUUCGCCCGACGGACUGGUGCCUCUGUUAUCUUCCGCCCCAGCGCUAUCUCUCCCUGUGACCUGGUCCCCUGCCCCACACUGCCAAGGAUUUGGGUUAUAGAGCACACCAGCCUUUGCACAUUAUUAAUAAUUUCCUUUUUUGGCUGAAAAAUGUGCCCUGUCCAGACCUCUCCAGCUCUGUGCAUCCGCGACGCCCUCGCCCAGCGAGGGAGGAAACCAGCUGCCCGGUCAGACGGUCAGCAGCUGGGAAGGAUCUCCUGGCACCCAGGACAGUUCUUUCUGUGUCUGUUUGGAAAAAGGAGGAAAUAAUUCUGGCAAGCGGGUAGCCAAUUUGGAUCGGGAAAAGGCAGAGACCCUUUCCCCUCCUCCCCAGCAAGGCGAAAGUUAUAGGAACAUGAUUAGGGUUUUUUUUUACAGAGUGGUGUUGUGCAAUGGUUAGAGCACUGGAUUUGGACCUGAGGGAGAUCACUUGGCUAGAACAACAACAACAACAACAACAACAACAACAACUUACUUCUACCCUGCCCAUCUGGCCGGGCCUCCCCAGCCACUCUGGGCGGCUUCCAACAAAAUAUUAAAAUACAGUAAUGCAUUAAACGCUUCCCUAAACAGGGCUGCCUUCAGAUGUCUUCUGAAAGUCUGGUAGUUGAUUUUUAAAGGUGCAGUGGUACCUCGGGUUACAUACGCUUCAGAUUACAUACGCUUCAGGUUACAGACUCCGCUAACCCAGAAAUAGUGCUUCAGGUUAAGAACUUUGCUUCAGGAUGAGAACAGAAAUCGUGCUCCAGCGGCGCGGCAGCAGCAGGAGGCCCCAUUAGCUAAAGUGGUGCUUCAGGUUAAGAACAGUUUCAGGUUAAGAACGGACCUCUGGAACGAAUUAAGUACUUAACCUGAGUUACCACUGUAAAAGUAAGCGUGAUUUUAAAAAAAGGUUAAAAAUUAUGAUAUAUGUAAACUGCUAAAGAUGAGGUAAAAUGAAAAUCAGAUAGGGGGGACUUGGGGAAGCUCACCUAACAAUGUUUAGAAAAAUAAGGAUAAGACAAGAAUUUGUUUGCAUUUUUUUUCUGUUUGUGUUGUUUAGUUGUGUUAUAAAAUCAAUAAAAAAAUUUUUUGGGAGGAACAACAACUUAUGGUAAACUGCCAUUCUUCUCUGGCAGGGCCUUUUUUUCCAUCUCGGGCUCUUCUUCCAUACGUGGAGAAGGAACGAUGGGUGGCAAAGGGUGGCGGGUUCCGGUCCCGGCAAGGACCACCCCACUGACGAUGUCUCCCUGCUUCUUCCACCCUCAGGUCCCCCGCAGGAGACCUCGCCAGGCCACUGAGGACGACGGCCCCGGGAGCCGGGUGCCCGGCCUGUGGAGUGCCUGGGCAUCGUGGUCAGCCUGCUCGCAGCCCUGCGGCCUGGGGGUGAUGGAAAGGACUCGUGCGUGCCAGUCCCCGUACCAGCGAGUCCCCUGGGCCGGCCGGCCGGAGCUGGCCCCGCAGCCGCUGUACCCUCCGCAGGCCCACGAGAACAGGCCCGCUAGCCCUUACCCGGGCCGGCCAUCCUACCCUCUCCACACCGAGGGCAGUGCCAGGCCGGGUCUGCCCUUCCGCGGCUCAGCCGUGACCCUCCACGGCCAGGCCCAGCCGCCUCGCACCCCACGCCUCGGACCCCAGAACCGCCACACGCGCCACCAGGCGCUCCCGGCCGAGGAACUGCCCUCACGAGACGCCGUCGCGCCCCAGCAUGGCCGCCGGAGGGACCCUGCUCCCGCGCAGGAGGCUGGGGUCCACCCGCCGAGGCCUCGGGGGAACCAGGAAUCUCGCCGGAACCCCAACCAGCCCUUCAGGCACAGCGCAGCUGCCCGGACAACCGUUCGGGACGCCAUCCCCUUGUUCAAACCCCUGAGGAGGGACAGCCCUGAGGCGGGCUUGAGCCCUGACCGGCCACGCCACGGUGGUCAAGGGGACGGUGACCGCCGCAGCUGGGCUGCUUCUCCUACGCCGGAGUCGCCGGCAGCCCGGAGGUGAGUUUAGGGUCUGGUUUAGGGUGGGUCUGGACCCUGAUUAAAACAAAAUACAGUGGUGCCUCGCAAGACGAAAAGAAUCCGUUCCGCGAGUCUCUUCGUCUUGCGGUUUUUUCGUCUUGCGAAGCAAGCCCAUUAGCGGUUUAGCGGAUUAGCGCUAUUAGCGGGCUUAGCGGAUCAGCUGAUAAGCGGCUUAGUGGCUUAACGGAUCAGCUGAUAAGCGGCUUAGCGGCUUGGGAAAAAGGGGGGGGGGGAGGAAAAAACCCCCGCAGGAACUCGCAAGACAUUUUCGUCUUGCGAAGCAAGCCCAUAGGAAAUUCGUUUUGCGAAGCACCUCCAAAACGGAAAACCCUUUCGUCUAGCGGGUUUUCCGUCUUGCGAGGCAUUCGUCUUGCGGGGCACCACUGUACAAGGCUUGGCCAGCAAGACUUUGGGAGGAAGUGCGGAUCAUAAUCUGUCACACCCUGGCCCAGGUCCCUUUUAUUACCGUCUUUUUCGCCCUAUAGGACGCACUUUUUCCCCUCCAAAAAUGAAGGGGAAAUGUGUGUGCGUCGUAUAGGGCGAAUGCAGGCUUUCGCUGAAGCCUGGAGAGCGAGAGGCGUCGGUGCGCACCGAUCCCUCUUGCUCUCCAGGCUUCACGAAGCUAUCCGCAAGCCUCGCGCGCCUGGCGGGAGGUCCUGCCGGGUGCACGAGGCUUGGGGCGGCAGCCUGCAGCCCGAAGCACGGGGCGAGCUGCGGAGCCCACCCCCUGCUUCGGGCAGAUGUCGGCAAGCCUCUAGCGCCCUGCAGGAGGUCCCGCCGGGCGCGCAAGGCUUGGGACGGCAGCCUGUUCUGGGGGCUGGGGUCGGGGGAAGCUCAGGCUUCCCCUGCGCCAGCCCCCGCUCCUGGGGGGGAAAUAAUUUUUUUCCCCUUUAUUUCCCCCCAAAAAACAAAACUAGGUGCGUCCUAUGGGGCGGUGCGUCCUAUGGGGUGAAAAAUACGGUAACAAAAGAACUUUUAACACAGCGUUUGUAGGAACCAAUCAGAUUUCCUCUGAGCAUUUCAAAAAAUCCACCACGUGGGGACCAGUUACCGUAUUUUUCGCUCCAUAAGACUCACCUGACCAUAAGACGCACCUAGUUUUUGGAGGGGAAAUGCAAGGAAAAAAAAUAUUCUUUAAAGGGAGCGCAGAGCAAGGCCUGUAUGCAUCAGCAAAUAUGAUGUCCAACACUGAACAGUGAUUCCGGGUAUUUGGAAUGAAUGUAUAUAAAUGAAAAUAUCAAAUGCUGUGGAACAGUGCUCAUGUAAUAAUGUAGUCACAUAAGAUGGGUUUAUGAAGCAAUUCUGUAUCCUCCCACCACUCUGACAAAGAAUUCUACGAAACAGUAGUCAAUAUCCGAAAUCACUGUUCAGUGUUGGACAUUAGCUGAAUACACAAAGCUUCACAGCUUGUCUUUCAUCGUACAAAGUCUGGUACCUCGCUUCAUUUAAAGAUUUUCAGAGACUUUGAGACUAAAGAUUUCAUGUUGUACUUACUAUGGUCUGAAUGAAUUCUCUAAAGAUUGCCUAUUGCGUAUGUACACGGCCAUCAUGUUGCCUAGACAUUGCUGACGUUCUCUUUGGAACACAGGGCUUUGUUUGGUUUCAAAUUCACAUUGUGGCACUUUGCCCCCUCAGGUCCCGGGUUCGAGAGGCGAUCAAGCCAGGCAAGUACGGCUACGGGAAGCUGCCGUUCGCCUUGCCCCUCCACACAGACGUGGCCGAGGGAGCCCAGCCCCGAUUCAAGAGGCACCACGGAAGCAGAGGCGGGGAGCCCCCGUCCCCGCCUCCCCCUCCUCCUCCCCCACCUGCGAAAAAACAGAGGCGCAAAGCUGUCCGCUCUUCCUCCCGCGAGGAAGAGGAGCAGGAGGAAACUGGCCGGGAGAAGAGGCCCCUGAGCUCCAGGGCCGAACCCAGGACCCCCCUGAAGCCAAAACAGCCUCUGCUGGCGGACGCUGCUGCCCAGCCCCACACACAGGCUGGUGAGGGGGUGAAGAGCCAUUUGGGGCACAGCCACUCAGAGGUUCAUGGGCAUAUGGCAAACGGAGGGGGCACGGCGGACACAGAGCAGCCCACCGAACCGGGUACGGCCACGCCGCAGAAGAGCGAAUCUUCGGGGGAAGCAGAGCAUCGUGGGAACGCAGCAGCAACCUCUCCAGGGUCGCACGGCAAGGCUCACCAGCCAGGGGGUGCCAUAGCACCUUCAGGGAACCAGCAUCUCCCAGAAUCCUCUGCAGGGCCCCACGAGAAGCAUCUCCCAGAAUCCUCUGCAGGGCCCCACGAGAAGCAUCUCCCAGAAUCCUCUGCAAGGCCCCACGAGGAGCGUCUCCCAGAAUCCUCUGCAAGGCCCCACGAGAAGCAUCUCCCAGAAUCCUCUGCAAGGCCCCACGAGAAGCAUCUCCCAGAAUUCUCUGCAAGGCCCCACGAGGCGCGUCACUCAGAAUCCUCUGCAAGGCCCCAUGAGAAGCAGCUCCCAGAAUCCUCUGCAAGGUCUCACAAGGAGCGUCUCCCAGAAUCCCCUGCAAGGUCUCACGAGGAGCGUCUCCCAGAAUCCUCUGCAAGGUCUCACGAGGAGCGUCUCCCAGAAUCCCCUGCAAGGUCCCACGAGACGCCUGAAGUGGCAGAGAGUUCCACGGGCGGCUCGAUCCCCACGUCGGACGGCGGUGGAGAGGGAGGCGGCCACCCCACAGCGGCCAUGACGCAUUCCUCCUCUCAGAGGCCCUCCGUGGCUGGCAGCCCCCUUCCCCAUGCGCAGGGGGAGCUGCGGCUGACCCACCACGUCCUCAGAAACAACGGCUCCGCUGCCAAGAGGAAGGGGCCUGGGGUGGGCAAGAGCCACCGGGCCACGCCGGAGCCGCCCCGCCGCCCGGAGAGCAGCUCCGUGGCGCAGCCUGAUGGGGCGGGACACGCGAACCGCCCGCCCCAUGGGCAAUCCCGGUCGCGGAACCAGAGGCAGAAUGAGCACCAGGCGGGCGGCCAGGGCAGACGGCCUUCGCACAGCCUCUUUGUGGACCAGCCCGUGGCUCCUCGUCCUGCGGAGCCGGACAUUUGGCUGCUGCACCGGGGCAACCCUGUUCAGUUCCACGCCGGGGGGCAGCCGGGAGGGGUGCGCCCGGGUGGCGAAGUGCCGCAGUGGAACCUCUACUAUCCUGGCACCGAGACCUUCCACUGCGAAGGAGAGAGCAAGCAGUUCAAGGCUUGCAGGCAAGAGGUAAGAGAUCGGGGUGGGGUUUUUCCGCCCUAUAGCAGGGGCUCCCUAAUUGUGGUCCACCGGUGGCCUGUGUGCUUCAUUUUAAUGUAUUUUUAAUCUUUGUUGGAGACGCGGGUGGCGCUGUGGGUUAAACCACAGAGCCUAGGGCUUUCCGAUCAGAAGGUCGGUGGUUCAAAUUCCCGCAACGGGGUGAGCUCCCGUUGCUCGGUCCCAGCUCCUGCCAACCUAGCAGUUCGAAAGCACGUCAAAGUGCAAGUAGAUAAAUAGGUACCGCUCUGGCGGGAAGGUAAACAGCAUUUCUGUGUGCUGCUCUGGUUCGCCAGAAGCGGCUUAGUCAUGCUGGCCACAUGACCCGGAAGCUGUACACCAGCUCCCUCGGCCAAUAAAGCGAGAUGAGCGCCGCAGCCCCAGAGUCGGCCACGACUGGACCUAAUGGUCAGGGGUCCCUACCUUUAAUCUUUGUUGGAAGCCGCCCAGAGUGGCUGGAGAAACCCAGCCAGAUGGGCGGGGUACAAAUAAAUUAUUAUUAUUAUUAUUAUUAUUAUUAUUAUUAUUAUUAUUAUUUGGGUGGCCUUUGACAUGCCUGAAGAACAGGGCAGCAGUAGCUGUGAGCAGGGGCUGCUCCAUUCUUCUCAAAUUGUUUUGUCCACCCAGAAAGUGAGCAGCAAUGGAGCAGAAGCAACAGAUGUAGGAGCUGUUUGAAAGGAGUGGAGAGGAUCAGCAGUGUAGACGGGAGGCGAGAAUGAAAGGAGUUUAAUUUUAAUUCACCGAUGCAUAUUUCUUGCAUUGCGCUUUGCCAUAUUGCAGUUUGAAUUCCUCAGACUUCAAAUUGCGGUACAGUGGUACCUCGGAUUUCCGAACGUAAUCCGCUUCGGAAGACCGUUCGAGUUCCGAAACGUUCGAAAACCAAAAACUCAACACGGAAGCUGUGUGGCAUGUUCAACUUCUGAGGCGUGUUCGAAAACCGAAGCGUUAAUAAUAAUAAUAAUAAUAAUAAUAUUUAUACCCCACCCAUCUGGCUGGGCUUCCCCAGCCACUCUGGGCGGCUUCCAACAAAAUAUUAAAAUACAGUAAUGCAUCAAACAUUAAAAGCUUCCCUAAACAAGGCUGCCUUCAGAUGUCUUCUAAAAGUCUGGUAGUUGUUGUUCUCUUUGACAUUUGGUGGGAGGACGUUCCACAGGGCGGGCGCUACCACCGAGAAGGCCCUCUGCCUGGUUCCCUGCAACCUCACUUCUCGCAGUGAGGGAACCGCAGAAGGCCCUCGGAGCUGGACCUCAGCGUCUGGGCAGAAUGGUGGGGGUGGUUUACUUCUGGGUUUAUGGCAUUAGAAAACCAAAAUGCUCAUUGAUGUUCGGAAACCGAGGUACCACUGUAAACAAAAGUACGAUAUCCAGGAAGCAAUAAAAAUGCAACCCCAAAUUGCACAGCGUCUAGCGCAGCGCAUUGCGAUCGGUACAAGAGGCAGGGGGGAAAAAUCAUUAAGUGGUCUGCCAAGACUCGUUUUAUCAUUCUUACAGUCUGGUGGCGUACCCAAAAAUUUAGCAGAAUGGGCCGGAAGUAGCAGGGGUGAAGAGACACUUGAAAGGCGUGGAGGGGGGUUAGCAGCAAAAUUAACGGGAGGCUAGAAGUAAGGAGUUUAAUUUUAAUGUAUAGAUAUUCCUCCUAUUGCAUUUUACUCUGUUAGUUGUGUUUUACUGCAAAACAGCCCUGAUUCAACUAAUUGGGCUCCUUACAUCCCGAGUUCAGAAGCUUGUGCUCAAACUGUUGUUUAUUUGCUGAUGAUGAGGGCCUACCCAGCACACAUUUAAAGCACGCUUUCCAUCCCCAAAGAACCCUGGGAACUGUAGUUCGCAAAGGGUGCUGGGGAUUGCGGCUCUGGGGGGAACUACAGUUCCCAGUAUUCUUUAGGGAGGGUGUUUGAAAUGUAUGGGGUGUACGUACACAGCCUAAGACUUUCAGAAGCGUACGGUUCAGUCUCCUGUUUUUUACUUGUCUUGUAAACAAAGAGUUUUCGAACAGUGAUGGGAAACAGACUUCUUUGUUCAGAGAGAUGGCUCUGGCGAAUUCUUAGGGACUAGAGCCAUGGGCGUUUUGCGUGGCUGCUUCCAAGCUUUCCUGUUUGGCCCGUUGGGACCAGACAAACAGCUGCCUUCAAGUUGGGGGGGAUUAUUUGUGGAAGAGGAAGGCUGCCCGUGAACAAGUACAACUUGGAAUUAAACAGACUUGGGCCCUUUCCUCUUUAACUCUGCUGGAUCCUACUCCUAACUUUGAGCAAUUCUGGAAGGCCUAGUGGUUAGAGCAAGGAGUGUGUGUGUGAUGAUCUUUCAGAGAUGACCUGUGGCUGGAGGCAAACGAUUAUUUUUUUAAGAGAUCCAGAGGGGCAUCAUUUGCUAGAUUUUUCUCAUUUUCUUUUCAGCUGCUCUUGACUCCGGUCAAACAGAUCCAGCAGGUUUUGGAAUCUACACAAAAGCCUACACAACCUGUUUAUCCACACACAGCAAACCCCUCUUUUAAACCACUUUUAAUGCACUGGGAGGAGGCGGAAAGGGAAUGUUUCUCCCCAAUCCUAUAUGACCUCUCUGGGCGUCCAGCUUCUCUGUAGAUAAUGCUUCUAUUGUUACCGGCCCUUUGAAGUGAGCAGGAGAUAAACUCGUGAUUGAAUUUCCUGCUUAAUUUCCCAAACCUCCUUUAUCGUUAGUACGAGGGCAGCGUUUUUGUGUUUUUUACGAUGGGUGGGAAACCAAACACCAAAAACGUCCACAUUUUCAAAGACUGUUUGGACAACAGCCAUUAAUGAAUUUGCUCUUAGAAAAGGUUAUUAGGAUGCAUUGACCUGAUAAAACCGGUUUCAAGGGUCUUAAUUUCCUUUCUCCCCUCCCGACAAUAAUCAGAGCGGGCUUGCGGCUUGGAGGAUGCGAGUUCGAAUCCCUGCUUUGAUCGCGAAACUUAUGGGAUGCCCUGGGGCCUGCUUUUCUCUCUGUCUGUUUCUUUCUCUCUUUGACCUACCCUGCAAGGUUGUUACACGGAUGAAAGACGGUCUCAUUUUGUGUGUGUCCCUCAGAGGCUAAAAUCCAACACAUUUCUACUCAGAGAAGACCCACUGGAAUCAAUGGGCCUGCGUUAGCCAUGUCCAUCAAUUUUAAUGGGUCUACGCUGAGUAACGUGGGAUAUAACACAAUGUAAGGGCUGCACAAAAAUGUGUCAAAUUACAUCCUUUCUCCGACCUGGGAAGUAAGAAUUUCUGCUAUAUUGAAAGUUCACAUUUUUAAAAUCCCGGAAUAAUCUGACUCUCUCUCUCUCUCUCUGCCCACCUGGCCUUCCCCCUUUUCCUUCCGCAGCCGUGCCCGCCCGAUCGACCUGAUCCUCGGGCCGUCCAGUGUGCGGCAUACAACAACCAGGAGUUCAUGGGACGCCUGUACCAGUGGGAGCCCUUCACGGACGGUAAGAGUCCCACCUCUCCAAAUUUUAAGGUUGCCCCAAACCUAUUUUCAAAUUAGGAGUGACUGCCCCAGCUGUUGGUCUGCUGCCUUUGACAGCUGGCCAUACAUCUUGUGUCAGUGAGUUCCGCAGUUGACCCGCAGUGCAUGAAGACAUGCUUCCAGCUGCUCAAUGCUAUGUUGCUAUGGUUUGCAUGGUCCAGAGAAGGCAGGGCAGGAGCAGGAGCAGAAAGCUGGCGUGUUGUGUUGUGUUGUUGUGUUGUGUUGGUGCUGACCUUUAAAGCCCUAAACGGCCUCGGUCCAGUAUACCUGAAGGAGCGUCUCCACCCCCAUCGUUCUGCCCGGACACUGAGAUCCAGCGCUGAGGGCCUUCUGGCGGUUCCCUCAUUGCAAGAAGUGAAGUCACAGGGAACCAGGCAGAGGGCCUUCUCGGUGGUGGUGCCCGCCCUGUGAAACGCCCUCCCAUCAGAUCUCAAGGAAAUAAGCAGCUAUCUUAUUUUUAAAAGACAUCUGAAGGCAGCCCUGUUUAGGGAAGUUUUUAAUAUUUAAUGCUGUAUUGUUUUUAACACUCGAUUGGGAGCUGACCAGAGUGGCUGGGGAAACUCAGCCAGGUGGGUGGGGUAUUAAUAAUAAUAAUAAUAAAAAUUAUUAUUAUUAUUAUUCUGUGAUCUCAAUAUGAAUGAUGAAAAGAAAAAAGCAGAUUGGCCUCGUCUUGUCUUCUACAUCACUUCUGAUUCUUACCAGUCAGGGGAAAGGAUCAGGAGAUGGGCAGAGCCCUUGCCUCGACUUUCCCCACCGAAAUGAGCUGUGUAACAGUCUUGUGUUAUAACUGGGGGAAGAUUAUUUGUGGUGCAGGAGAGAGAAAACCCCAGAAACAAUUUCAAUGAUUUUUUUGGUCAUCUUGUAAGUCUCGCUUCUGAGAUAUUCUGUGUCCAGGGCAGCUGUUUACCAGCUCCAUCUGGUACGCAGGAUGAGACCCUCCCUGCCCGCAGACUGUCUCGCCAGAGUGGUGCAUGCUCUGGUUAUCUCCCGCUUGGAUUACUGCAAUGCACUCUACGUGGGGCUACCUUUGAAGGUGACCUGGAAACUGCAAUUAAUCCAGAAUGUGGCAGCUAGACUGGUGACUGGGAGCGGCUGCUGAGACCACAUAACACUGGUCUUGAAAGACCUACAUUGGCUCCCAGUACGUUUCCGAGCACAAUUCAAAGUGUUGGUGCUGACCUUUAAAUCCCUAAAUGGCCUUGGUCCAGUAGACCUGAAGGAGCGUCUCCACCCCCAUCGUUCUGCCCGGACGCUGAGGUCCAGCGCCGAGGGCCUUUUGGUGGUUCCCUCCCUGCGAGAAGCAUAGCUACAGGGAACCAGGCAAAGGGCCUUCUCGGUAGUGGCGCCCUCCCUGUGGAACGCCCUCCCACCAGAUGUCAAAGAGAACAACAACUACCAAACUUUUAGAAGACAUCUGAAGGUAGCCCUGUUUAGGGAAGCUUUGAAUGUUUAAUAGGUUAUUGUAUUUUAGUGUUGUUGGAAGCCAGCCAGAGUGGCUGGGGAAACCCAGCCAGAUGGGUGGGGUAUAAAUAAUAAAUUAUUAUUAUUAUUGUAUUGGCCUGGCUUAGAUCCAGCAUCCGAUGUCCCCGGAUCAGACACACCGUACCCUUUCGCAUGUGCCUUUGCGGCCUUGAGGACUAGCGGCUUGCUCUCAAAGCAGAAACAGCUUCUUUGAGAAGCUGAGUUGCUGUGUUGUUGCACAGAUGGGUACCCCACACCUUUUAGCAUAUGACGGGGGCCUUUUCUCUCUGGGGUUUUGGCUUCGUCCAAGCCGCCCUCUCCUUAGCGGACAGCUGGCCUCUGCCUUCUCCAGCUCGCUACGGCAAGCAGAUCUUGGCUCUGCCAGUCGGGUGGGAUGCCAGACAUCCCUGGCAAUCUCGAAGCGCAAUCUCGAAGGUUUGUACGCUGCCCGCCUGUGACUUUUCUCCCCGUCUGCCCUCUGCAAACAGCAGCUGAGCUCUCCAGCAAUCUCAGGGAGGGAGCUGGGGGGGGGUAGGGAGUGUUUCUUCCCCUCUUUCUCAGCCCCCCCCCCUAUUAUUGCAAUGAACAAUUUAUACCAGCAUGGGGCCAGUGGGUAUUUGUCACUUACAUAAGCAGAUUUGGAGGGGUCACCGCAAGGACAGCGCGGCUUAGGGAAAAGAGCUGGAGCUCAGGCGAUGCCAGGCUUGGGAGCGGCCAAGCUUGCAACUCCUUGAAACUGGGGACUGAGGAUUAUUAUUAUUAUUAUUAUUAUUAUUAUUAUUAUUAUUUUAAAAAGGCCACACUCUUUCCAUUCUGCCCAGAAGGGUCUCUCGGGUUUCCAGACCCGCUUUCUGCAAAACCCUCCCGCUUAAGCUGUGUUCCUUGUGGGCCUGCGGAACUCCUUGCCACAGGACGCUGCAAGGGCGGUGAAAGGCCGGGUGCUGCUGUUUUCCUGCAUUGCUGCAGAGGACGCUGCACCGGUGGGAUUUCUGCCUUUCGGGGAAGGUGUGCGGGAACCGGUUUGGAAAGUGAGGCGGGCGGGGAGGGGGAAGGGGACGGCAAACGGCCACCCCCUCAUUUCCCACGUGUGUCAUUUUUUGAGCUGAUCUCAUUGGUGGCCCGGGGCCAAAAUCUGUAUUUAUGCUGGGAGAUUUAAGGCCUCUCUUCUGGCUUGGAACGGAGUGGGGUUUUGUGUGUGUGUAUGAGAGCGAAAUUUAAUUAUUGCCAAGGAUUAUAUAUGAUAUCUUAUCUCUUCCACCCAUCGCACCCAUGAAACUGCUUUAUCCCUGGGGUCUUCGCCCUCCAACCGUGCCCCAAAUAUUUGUGGGCGAUUUGUGGCAUGGACAGAAUGCCAGCACCCUCUGCUGGCCAGCUGUGGAGAAGACUGCAGUUGUGUCCGUUUCCCUUUUUCCAAAAAUACACAACUUGUCAGAUCAAAGUACAUAUUGUGGUUUUGUUUUGGUUUUUUGCCGCAAACAGUUCUCUCCCAGCUCGAGGGAACACAGUGCUCUGCCCCUUCCCUCACGUCCUCCUCCUCCUGGGAGGACAGCGUCAGAAAAGGAGCACUCUUGACAUGCUCAGAGUCACACUUCUGAGAAGGCUGAUCCUGGAAUGGGCAUCUGUCUGUCUCCAAAGACCCCUCUGCUUUUAAUGUCUUCAGGAAGAGUCUUAAUCUUAGCCAUGGCAUCUGCUUUCUCAGCCUUGGAAUUCCUCAUGACGAUAAUACGAAACAAGAUAACUCUGGAGCAUGUGCAGAGUGCGUUUCCCUCUCCCUGGUUAGCUACACUAUGGGACGCAGUGAUGCUCUGAGUCCAGCUUGAGGUUAUGGCCUCCAGUCCAACGUGUGACCCCCAAGACCGCUAUCAUCAGUAUUAGCCUUUUGGUUCUGGGAUUCAUAGAAUUGCAGCCUUUGAAGGGACCUAAAGGGUCAUCCAGCCUGACCCCCCCGGCAUAAUCUCUGAGACUCUGGCAUAAUCCGAGCCCUUUAUCUUUCUGACUAUGCUUUGGGCGGGGGCUCCUUCAGUCUCGGUUAGAAAGAGAUGGUACAAAGCUGCGCAGCUCGUUUUCCAGGCAAGGCAAAUGGCAUCUGAGCAUGUACAGAGUGCAUUUGAUUGCAAUCUCCUCUCACAUGCUGUCAGUAGGUCUUUCUGGGCCUCCAAACCUCUCUCUCUCUGUCUUUCGAAAGAGAGCCAUUGCCUCUUUUGCCUGCAGCCUGAAACUUAAAUCCCAUGCAAGCUUCCAAUGAGCUUAAAUAUUCUUAAAUAAACAAGGGGGGAGUCUCCAGACAGAGCCGUCUCGACCUCCUUCCUCCCCUCUGCCGGCCUUCUUUGUUGAUUUCCAGAGCCAAUAUUUAUGUUUUUAAGCACUUCGGGACGGGGCAGGGCUGGCGGCGGCGAUGGGGGAGACUUUGCACAAAAAGGCGCUUUGUUCUUUGCUUCCUUCGUUCAGCACAGCCCUGGCCGGCCGGGACAGAGGUCUCCCUGCUAUAGCAAGGGAAGCCAGGAGGGGGCGCAAUCGAGCCCUCACUUACCACCCAGGCCUUCGCUUGCCAUUGCAGCCCUCACUUGCCAGCCUGGCCCGGCAACUUCUUUUUAAAAACAAAACCUGGACAAUGUGAAAAACUUCUUCUUGUUGUUGUUUAGUCGUUUAGUCGUGUCCGACUCUUCGUGACCCCCUGGACCAGAGCACGCCAGGCACUCCUGUCUUCCACUGCCUCCCGCAGUUUGGUCAGACUCAUGUUGGCACCUUCGAGAACACUGUCCCACCAUCUCGUCCUCUGUCGUCCCCUUCUCCUUGGGCCCUCCAUCUUUCCCAACAUCAGGGUCUUUUCCAGGGAGUCUUCUCUUCUCAGGAGGUGGCCAAAGUCUUGGAGUCUCAGCUUCAGGAUCUCUCCUUCCAGUGAGCACUCAGGGCUGAUUUCCUUCAGAAUGGAGAGGUUUGAUCUUCUUGCAGUCCAUGGGACUCUCCAGAGUCUCCUCCAGCACCUGAAUUCAAAAGCAUCAAUUCUUUGGCGAUCAGCCUUCUUUAUGGUCUGGCUCUCACUUCCACACAUCACUACUGGGAAAACCAUGGCUUUAACUAUACGGACAUUUGUUGGCAAGGUGAUGUCUCUGCUUUUUAAAAUGCUGUCUAGGUUUGUCAUUGCUUUUCUCCCAAGAAGCAGGCGUCUUUUAAUUUCGUGGCUGCUGUCACCUUCUGCAGUGAUCAUGGAGCCCAAGAAAGUAAAACCUCUCACUGCAAAAAACUUACUGGCGGCCAAAAAAAAAGUGGGAAGGUUGAGGAGGCAGCCUUGGGACUGCAUCUGGAAAUGGGCUUUAUGACAGAGGGAGGUUUUGCACCAAGUUCAAGGCGCUAGUCCUCAUUUUUCAUAGGAGGCACCUGCUAAAAGCUGUGUUGUUCCAGCAAAGCCUAAACAGGCACAGAGAACGAUGAAAUGUAUUUCUUCCUUUUUUAAAAAUAAUCUUUAUUAAUUUAAAUUACACACAUAUACAAAGAAUUUACAAUCUCGUACUACAAAAAGAAAAUUAUGGAAAAAGCAAUUAAGAAAAAGAAAGAGAAGAAAAUAUAGAAAAAAGAAAGAAAGAAAAAAGCAGAAAAAGCAGAUUUAUGUGCAUAAAAAAAAUCUUCCUAAAUAAUACUUAAAUAAACACUUAAAUAAAAAAGACUUCUGACAAAAAGAGUCUUCCAAUCAUUCUCAUUGUACUAUUCAUAUUGUCGUUUUUUUCACACAGUUUUAUAUUCUUUAACAGUAGACGGGAAAUGUAUUUCAGUCAGGUUUUUAGCAUAUCACUGAUUUCAACUAUAUUUUGAAGGUUUAAAAUGGUUGUUUUUAACUGUCUUGUGAUUUUGUUGUAUACCUUUUGUAAACCACUUGGAGGGUCCCCGUCCCCCCCAUAUCUGAGCGGUAUAUAAAUUUUAUGAAACAAACAAAAUAAAUAUGUUAUGUCGCUCUCCUUAGGACGCGUCUACACCGAGGGCUUUUGCAACAGAUUUGAUAGGGGUUCUCCCGUUACUAUUUGGAAAACUUGCAAUUCUGCAAGCGGAGAUUUUUAGAGAUCUUGAACAGAGUAUCUUUCACAGUUCCCACCAACCAAUUGCUCAGCUAUACAGUUGCAAAUAAAACGUUUUAAAUGUGUUUUAAGCGCAAUAUACAAUGUGACACUAGGUGGCGAUGGCGAGCCUUAUGGAAAAUUCAAUGUAUUUUUAAAAAGCAUUUUCAGAAUUUUUUUUGUGUGUGUGUGUGUAGAUUCCUCCUAAUUCUUAUCAAGAUUCGCAAGGCAGGAUUGGUAUUUAAAAAACCGGCCAGAGUUUGCAGAGCAGCUCUGACUCCUCGUUAAUGUUUUGCCUCGGUCUCAAGAUUCUAGUCCUCAGUGUGGGAGCUUCUAAACACCACCAUCUCCCAACCCCUUUUGAACAAUCCUUUCUUGCCCACAGUGUAGGUGAUAGUCAUGACAACCAAAUCAGUUUAUUCCUUUGUAGAUGGGGCAAAAGCCUUUGUACCCUGUCUCUCUGUCAAGGCUUUGCCUCGGGUUCAAGAUCCUAGAGACACAGCCUUGCAGAGGGUCCCCCAAACCCCUAACCCUAAAACUUUACACAUGAGGUCCGUUUGUUAAUUUGCGCUUGCUUCCGGUAUUUUCUGCUUUCUACUUGCAAAUUCUUCCCUGGUUACCUGGAAAGGAGCCCACGAUCGCCCCAGGCGACUAAGCAGACUAAUCCAGAAUGUGGCAGCUAGACUGGGGACUGGGAGCAGCCGCCGAGACCAUAUAACACCGGUCCUGAAAGACCUACAUUGGCUCCCAGUACAUUUCUGAGCACGAUUCAAAGUGUUGGUGCUGACCUUGAAAGCCCUAAAUGGCCUUGGCCCAGUAUUCCUGAAGGACCGUCUCCACCCCCAUCAUUCUGCCCGGACACUGAGGUCCAGCUCUGAGGGCCUUCUGGUGGUUCCCUUCCUGUAAGAAGCCAAGUUACAGGGAACCAGGCAGAGGGCCUUUUCGGUGGUGGCACCCACCCUAUGGAACGCCCUUCCACCAGAUGCCAAUGAAAUAAACAACUAUCUGACUUUUAGAAAACAUCUGAAGGCAGCCCUGUUUAGGGAAGUAAUGACUGAUGUUUUAAUGUAUUUUUAAUCUUUUGUUGGAAGCCGCCCAGAGUGGCUGGGGAAGCCCAGCCAGAUGGGCGGGGUAUAAAUAAUAAAUUAUUAUUAUUAUUAUUAGCAUGAACGUGGUCCCCCCCCGAUCCUACUGACCCCUCUCCUUCCCUCUCCUCCCAUCAUGCAGUUCGGGGGUCCCAGCGCUGUGAGCUGAACUGCCGCCCCAUCGGCUACCGCUUCUACGUGAGACACACGGAGAAAGUGCAGGAUGGGACCCCGUGCGAAUCCUCCUCCCAGGACAUCUGCGUGGCCGGCCAGUGCCUUGUGAGUUGCUCGUGCACUCGUUGUUGACUUGUUAACUUGGAAGGGAUCUGUUUUGUUUGUUUUUUAAAAUAUUAAAUUUUAUUUAACAUAAUUAUUACAAAAUACAAGCAAAAUACAUACAAAUACAUACAUACACGUUUUUUCAGAUAAAUACACAUAUGUAAAAAAGAACAAAAAAGAGAUAAGGAAGAAAAGGAAAAAGGAAAAAUAAGAAGAAACAUUGCAAAAAGAAGAAAAACUGGAAGAAUUUCCUCCAAAUUCACUCCACAAAUAUCUCAACAUUUAAACCUUCAUUGUUUGACUUCCAUCACAUUACGCUGCACUUCCUGUAUACAUUUUAAGGAAAUUUGCAUCUGUUAUUCCGUAUUUUCCCCAUACAAAUAUUCUAAUCAAUAAGUUUUCUAAAUCUUUCAUAAAUCUAUUUUAAACACAACCAACACCUUACACUUAAUCCUUCCCUACAUAAAUCAUCAUUUAAACAUUUCCAUUGUUUCUGGAUUAUAUUUUUGGGGUUUUGUCUUAUCAAAUCAGUCAGCUUUGCUAAUUCCAAGGGAAGGGAAUCUGUUUUUUUUAAGGAGUGUUUGGAGGAGGAGGUGCCAACACUUGAGAGAGAAGAGAAAAUAUAUUUCUGGGCUGCAGGGGGAUGAAGGAGGCAUCAGAGAACAUCAGGAGAACCAGAUGUUGCCCUCUGUAUGAAAGGGGACGCCCCUUCUCCUUGCUCAAACACUUCGGCUCAUCUCUUGACCUCGUUUCUCCUCUUUUCCCGUGGCCUCGCCAGACCCCUGGUUGCGAUGGGGUCCUGGGUUCGAAUCGCACGCUGGACAGCUGCGGGGUUUGCGGCGGGGACCACACCACCUGCAAGCUGGUCGUGGGGAAUUUCAGCGACACAGACGUCCCCAUUGGGUACCACCGCAUCCUGGAGAUCCCGGCGGGCGCCACCCGAAUCCAGGUUAAGGAAAUGACCCGCAGCCCUAACUACCUGGGUAUGUGUAUAUGCCAUUUAGUCGGAGGGUUGUAAAGGUAAAGGUAAAGAGACCCCUGACCAUUAGGUCCAGUCGUGGCCGACUCUGGUGUUGCGGCGCUCAUCUUGCUUUAUUGGCCGAGGAAGCCGGCGUACAGCUUCCGGGUCAUAUGGCCAGCAUGACUAAGCCGCUUCUGGCGAACCAGAGCAGCGCACGGAAACGCUGUUUACCUUCCCGCUGGAGUGGUACCUAUUUAUCUACUUGCACUUUGAGGUGCUUUCGAACUGCUAGGUUGGCAGGAGCAGGGACUGAGCAACGGGAGCUCACCCCAUUGCGGGGAUUCGAACCGCCGACCUUCCGACUGGCAAGUCCUAGGCUCUGUGGUUUAACCCACAGCGCCACCCGCGUCCCUUGGGGGGUUGUAGUUUGUUUAAUUCAGUGGGUUUAUAAAUCAUGCUUCUUGAAGAUGCUCUCCAUGCACGCACAUAGAAAUUCAACAUUUGGACAAGCGGAGCGUCUUACCAGCACAGACGAUUGGGCCAUUUAGCUCAGUAUAGACUACACGGACUGGCAGAGGCUCUGCAGGGUAUCAUAAAGGGGGACUUUCCCAUCUGGAGAGGCUGAGGACUGAGCCCAGGGACCUUUUGCCCGCAAAGUGUGUGCCCUGCCAUUGAGCUGCGAAUCUUCCUGUAAAAAUAAAGUAAGAUUCUAGUCCUCCUUGUUCUUAAUAAAGGGCUGAUUUCACUGGGAACAGCUCAAGCUACCAUGUUACAAAGCUGGAUGUUGGAACCACCCAGUCAGAUGGGCAGGGGAGAGUAAUAAAUUAUUAUUAUUAUUAUUAUUAUUAUUAUUAUUAUUAUUAUCGUCGUCAUCAUCCAAGAUAGAAGCCCUCUACCGCUUAAUGUGUUGGUUUAGGGCCCUUGUAUUUACGGGACCGCCUCUCCUUAAGGUCCAUGACUAAUCAUAGUUUAGAGGUCCUGGGCCCUAAGGAAGUCAGACUAUCCUCCACCAGGGCCAGGGCCUUUUCAGUGAUGGCUCCGACCUGGUGGAAUGCUCUGUCCCAGGAGACUAGGGCCCUUCAGGAUUUAACCUCCUUCCAUUGGGCCUGUAAGACAGAGCUAUCCUGCCUGGCUUUUAAUUUGAAUUCAGCCUGAUCUUUUAUUUAGCUUCUCUCCCCUUCCCCUUUUAUGAAGAACACCCGCUCUGAGACCCCACAGCUAAUUCUCCCCUGGCCUCCUCGCUGGCCCAAGUAGGACCAAUUCAGCCAGCUAGCCUUGGGGAUUAUCUAAUUGAUUUUUGAAUUUUAUUGUCAUUCAUGUUUUUAUACUGUAUUUUAUGCUGCUUUUAUAAUUAAGUGUUUUAAAGUGUUUUAAAUUUGUCGUUAGCUGCCCUGAGCCUGGUUUUUGAACCAAGAAGGGCGGGGUAUAAAUAAAAAUUUAUUAUUGUUGUUAUUAAUGCCAGAUCUAUGGGCAGGGAGAAGGCAGGCGGGCUGUGUUUCUCUGUGGCAACCCAAGUGCACUCUGUACGGGCUCAGAGGCAUUCUGCCAUUCCUUCAGAGGUGGCUCCAGGGUGGGGGCCUUGGUUCCCUGAGUUACCCUGCCCUCCUCCCAUCUCAAUGACUCUGUUACAGGUGCCACCAAAUACUCAUCCUGCGUUUGUAAGAAUCUGAUUUUUUUAGCGUGGCAGCGCCCGCACUUCGGAACUCCCUGCCGAUUGACGCCAGGCAGGUGCCUUCCCCGUCCUCUUUCCGGCACCUGCUAAAUUUUUUUUUUUUGUUAUAGGCAACGUGUAGAAUGUUGACAAGCAUUUUAGCCUUGUCGUUGAGUUUGAUUUGAGCGUUCCUUUGACCUGUUUUGACUGAUAAUCUUGUAAACUGAGCGGUUGCAUUUUUGAAAAGCAAGCUGCACCUGGAAUGAGGGAAUAAAAAUAAAAAUUGCAAAAUUGUACGGGAAAUUUAAAAAAAAAUUGGAAGGAGGUAAUAUAAUGUACAGUGGUACCUCAGGUUACAUACGCUUCAGGUUACAGACUCCGCUAACCCAGAAAUAGUGCUUCAGGUUAAGAACUUUGCUUCAGGUUGAGAACAGAAAUCGUGUGGCAGCGGCAUGGCAGCAGCAGGAGGCCCCAUUAGCUAAAGUGGUGCUUCAGGUUAAGAACAGUUUCAGGUUAAGUACGGACCUCUGGAACGAAUUAAGUACUUAACCUGAGGUACCACUGUAUGUAAAAAUCCCAAAAUUUAAAAAAAAGAUGGGGGAAAAUAAAAAUAAUAAAAAUUAAAAUUGCAGUGGCGGCGGGCGGGGGCCACAGAGCGAGGGAAGGAAGGGCUUUGAAAUGGUAGUUUCAUGUUGCUGUUGACUCUCUCUCUCUCUUCCCCCCCCCCAUCCCUGUGCCCCCAAAUCUCCCAGCCCUUCGGAGCCACAGUGGCAAAUCCAUCAUCAACGGGAACUGGGCGGUGAACCCGCCAGGGCGCUACGAGGCAGCUGGCACCGUCUUUGUGUACAGCCGCCCAGGAAGCGACCGGAGGGAGGGCGAGUCCCUGACCGCAGAGGGUCCCACGACAGAACCUAUAGAUGUGUAUGUGAGUACGCAGUGGGGUGGGGUGGGGUCUCAGGGAGAGGAGAGGUUGAAUCCCGUGCUGCUUGGACGUCUGUGGCUCACCCCGAAUGCAGAUCUCUGCCUCUUUUCUCAAGGGGGAGGCGGGUCUCCGCUUUCGUUGAUUCGCUUUAAAAACCCAAGUUCCUAGUCCUCAGGACUUUCAGAUUUCUCUCGGUUUUGUUUUAUGCUAGUUUUAACAGGCGUGUGAAUUUAUUUAUUGUCGCAAGUGGCUUUGAGUUGUUGUUGUUGUUUAGUCAUGUCCGCCUCUUCGUGACCCCACGGACCAGAGCACGCCAGGCACUCCUGUCUUCCACUGCCUCCCGCAGUUUGGUCAAACUCAUGCUGGUAGCUUCGAGAACACUGUCCCACCAUCUCGUCCUCUGCCGUCCCCUUCUCCUUGUGCCCUCCAUCUUUCCCAACAUCAGGGUCUUUUCCAGGGAGUUUUCUCUUCUCAGGAGGUGGCCAAAGUCUUGGAGCCUCAGCUUCAGGACCUGUCCUUCCAGUGAGCACUCAGGGCUGAUUUCCUUCAGAAUAGAUCGGUUUGAUCUUCUUGCAGUCCAUGGGACUCUCAAGAGUCUCCUCCAGCACCAGAAUACAAAAGCAAGGCUUUGAGUUACUUUUGUUAUUAAAAAAAAAAAGCAGCAACUGAUAAGUUUAAUAAAUAAUCAUUGAUCCUUAAGGCUUCUCUUAUGUACAGUCAUACUUCGGGUUACAGCGGUUGCAGGUUGUGUUUUUUUGGGUUACGGACCGCCAAAACCUGGAAGUACCGGAAUGGGUUACUUCCGGGUUUCGGCGGUCACGCAUGCGCAGAUGCGCCAAAUCGCAACCCGUGCAUGUGCAGAUGCGUCACUGCAGGUUGUGAACUCUGCAGGUUGCGAACGUGCAUCCCGCACAGAUCAUGUUCACAACCCGAGCGUCCACUGUACUAAGCUUGGAUCCUAGAACAAUAGGCAAGUAGGAUCUUAGAAUGCAACAACUGAUUGGCUUGCAAGAAAAGACCAAUCAAGCUCCAGGAGGACGUUAAUCAGCCUAUUAGGCUGGUAGGAUCAUGGAAUGCAACAACUGAUUGGCCUGCAGGAAAAGACCAAUCAGGCUCCAGGAGGGAAGCAGAAUCAGCCAAUCAGACGGGACUCAUUGUGUAAAUAACGUAUAUAAAAUCCUGAGGUUUGGGGGGCAAUUCAAUCACUGUUUUACAAGCUGCAAUAAAGAGCAUGAAAUCACAACAGGACUCUGACUAUAUUUCAGCUUCUAUUUCCAGGUUGGAAAAGUGUGGUUUGCAAAGUCAUAAGGUAGUCCAAGGAUUAAAAGUAUGAGCACAGAUAGGAGCAGAGCCUUCUGUUCAAUGCAGCUGGGCUCUCCAAAAUGGCCUAGUCUAUAGAGAUGCAAAUACUGUAUAGGCAAAUGAACUGUGCGUACUUUGAAGAAAUUCCUUUUCUUCGGGUUAUUUGGGUGCAGAGUAUCUGGGGAAGGGAAUCAGAAAUUAGCCGUGGGAGGGAUGGGCUUGAACUGCAGGAGACGGUGGACGACAAUGGGCUGAGACGUCUUUAAAGCGGGGAGGGAGUUCAAGGCAGACUGAUGAUGGGGGGUGGGGGCUGCAGGAGCUAAGUAGAGCCCCCAUGUCCAGACAGAGUCUACCUUCAUAAUCAGAUUCUGAGGACAGACAACAGGGGCUUCGUGGAGGUGUUUUCAUCUGACCCAACAAGACUUUUCUCUGAUGUUCACACUGGGAAAGGGAUCCCAAGGCUCUGUUUCUGCCACACACACCCCAAAAAAGAGGGAGGGAUCUGUUAACUCCCAACGGAGAAGGGGACUUGAGGUUCUCAUUUUACGUUGCUCCCCUUCCUUCCAUGCCCGGCUUUAAUUCCUUUUCUGCUGCCUCCCACAGAUGAUCUUCCAGCAAGACAAUCCUGGUGUCUCUUAUCAGUUCUUCCUGGCCUCUGUACAGCCAGAGACCCCCACUCCUGACCUACGUAGCCCCGUGCAGGACUUUGGUGAGCAAACCACCCCCUCCCCUCAUGUGGCAGGCAAAAAAAACCCCCAAACACCUGUGUUUGCUUAUUUCCUCCUCCAUCCCAGUCCCUUUUCCUUCGCUGCUAUGCCUGUUUUAGGUGGUAGGCCUGUGUUUUCCUCCUCCGUCCCAGAGUGUAUUCCUUUUCUGCCAUGUCUUUUUUAGCCGACGCCCUUUCGUGGAGCAAAAAAAAUCACCUUUCUCUUUCUUCCCACUCCGUACCCGCCAGGUGCCUUGACUGUGGUUUCCUCUGGCAACCAGAUGGAGCCCCCGCCCAGCCACCAGCGCCCUGUGCCCGCAGAUGCCCGGAACCUCAGCCCGGCCCGCCUCCCAGCUUCGUCCGGCCAAUCGGGGAGGAGCCGUGCCGCGGCUCCGCCCCCUCCCGUCUCGUCUGGCCAAUCGGGGAGGAGCCCCGGGACCCUGCAAAGGAAUGUCCGCGUCCCGCCGCUCCCGCCCCCUCCACCUCCUGUCCAGCACGGCUCGGACCCCCUGCAGGAUUUCUACUGGAGGCGAAUUGGCAACACUGACUGCUCUGCCACCUGCGGGAAAGGUAAGUCCUAUUUCCCUUGGCAGCUGGUAUUCAAAGGUAGACUGCUCCUGCGCGUGGAGGUUUGGGUCGACUUAGGGUGGUGCUGUGGGUUAAACCACAGAGCCUAAGACCUGCCGAUCAGAAGGUCGGCAGUUCGAAUCCCUGCGACGGGGUGAGCUCCCGUUGCUCGGUCCCAGCUCCCGCCCACCUAGCAGUUCGAAAGCACGUCAAAGUGCAAGUAGAUAAAUAGGUACCACUCCGGCGGGAAGGUAAACGGCGUUUCCGUGCGCUGGCCACAUGACCCGGAAGCUGUACGCCGGCUCCCUCGGCCAAUAAAGCGAGAUGAGCGCUGCAACCCCAGAGUCGGUCACAACUGGACCUAAUGGUCAGGGGUCCCUUUACCUUUAAAGCAUAUUUACAGGCAUUUUAUUCAGCAUCAGGACAAAAGGAAAAACAUGUCUUCUCCCCUUCGUGUCCAAGCAAGCGGCAUAAGCAAAAGCUAUACACACAACGGAAGUUCCCAGCAAGCUGUGCUGGAAUGUAAACAGGCAUGUGAUACACAACAACUCCACACAUCUGUUAAGGUGGAACGGAAUAUUGUAAUGUCCUUACCAGCCUCUUAUAGCCCAUUGGGACGGAUAGGGCAGAAGGCAGGGAGCCCAACAGUAGGGGGCGCCAGAGAACGCUCUAGUUUUGUCCCACCUCCUUACUAAGAUGCGCCUGUUGCAUGCAUAUCCCAUCCACGCCGCUCAAAGAGGUGUGUGAGGUUCUCCUUAUUUAAAUCCCGCCAAGAACCUUGCGAGGUAGGUUAGGCGAAGAGGUGGCGGCUGUCCCCCAAGGUCACACCCAGAGAACGGCCAAGUGGGGAUUUCUGAACCCCGGUCUCUCCCAAGUCGCCCUAACCACUACGCCACACUGCCUCUCGAUUCUGCAAGGGCGGAACUGAGACUUAAGGUGGAAGAAGGUGACCGGCAGUGUCGCCCACUGGACUUAGAGGUAAGCAAGAGGUCAGACAGAGUACAGUAAGUGGUUGUCCAUGCCCCCAAUGGCCCAGUCCUCUCUCGGCUAUUAGCAGUUUUAAUCCCCCUCUAUGGCUUUAUAGAGCGCCAUGGAGUAGGAAGAUUAGCUGCAAAUUGGGGAAGUCCCUGGUUUGAAUCUCAGAACUGCCACAAACUCACUCGCUACCCAUAGCUGAACCACACGCUCUCGGCCUCAGUUUGUCUCAUCUGCAAAAUGGGGGGAAUUUUAAAAUGUAUUUGCUUUUAUUGAAACGACGCACCUGCCACUCAGCUACGGCGGUCUCUUAAGCGCUUCACAACACUCACAAGGCCGUUGUGGUGAGGAUUAGGCCUGCGGAACGCUCUGAGAAAGCGCCAAACAAGCGUUGCGAGUUUUUUUUUAUCCUCUAAGCUCGUUAGGCGCCCCCACAGCAAUGGCGAGAACGAAGCCACCGCACAAAGGAAAGAGAGAGGUGUUCAGACCAUGUGAAGGGGCCACAUUUGCCAGUAUAUGCUGAGUUCUGUGAUUUUCGGCCCCUCGAUUGCCUUGAGGACUAGAAACUUGAUUUUUAAAAGGCAAAAGUGGCUAGUAUGCUCCUCGCUGUCUUUCUCUACAGGUUUCUGGCAGUCUGUCUACCAGUGCAUCUCUCGCGUUACACAAGAGGAGGUGGGAGAGGAGAAAUGCCACCUGAUCCCCAAGCCCAUCGUGUCGGAGGAAGCCUGCAACACGGAGCCUUGCCCAGCCUAGUGAGUGUCCAGUCCACCCUUGCCUCUUAUGGGUCUCCUUUUGAGGCAGCUGCUGCCCUCUGAAGGCCUGGAGGCCUCGUGACAACCCACCUGGACUCUGGCAUCGGGCAACUUCCUCUGUCCCUAUUAAAAUUUGCUUGUGUGAACUUUGGGGAAAUGACAGUCUACUUUUGAGUAGGUCACCACCGUCUUGAGCAAGACACCACGCGGGCCCAAGCCGCCUCUGCUUGUCGCAGAGUUAGAGACCCCUUUUUGCAGAAACCCUGGUGCCCCGUGAUUUCGCUGUCCCUUGCUCAACGGAGGGUUUCAGCAGCAGCAACAGCCUCUGUUGCAAGAAUACAGAGCAUAAUUUGUCCCCAGCGGAUAUUAUAGGUUUGCAUAACCCUGGCAGGUUACCUGUUAAUGCUCACUUGAUUGGAUACCCUGGGGAGCCUGCUGUAGUGACAAAUACUUACUUCCUGAGCCAGGUCACAGGCUCACCCUAUUCCUACACAGAUAUACCCUUAAGACAGGUUUUGUGAAUGAAAAGACAAUGGGGAGAGGCUUUUCUAUUUUCCUUUGACCUUGCAGAGAAAACAUUUUGUCAGUUUGGGAGUCAAUAUGGUUCCAGGGCUGUUUUCCUGUGCUGCUUCAGACAAGUGGUUUAUAUAUUUAUGUACAUGUUUGCUUGGUACAUGGAUGAACAUUUAUUAUAUAUAUAAGACUGUUGAAUAGGAUCCAAAAGGCAGCAGUCUGAUUGGUCCACAGGAGCCACCCAAUCCAACUCCAGGUGGAAGUGAAUCCGCAACCUGAUUGGCCUACAGGUGAAUCCCGGAGUUAGCCAAUCACGUGAGGCCCGUUGUGUAAAUAAUGUAUAUAAAGCAGACGUUCUGGGGGAACUUCCAUUCCUCCUCACCACUAUGAGCUGAAUAAAGAGCAUGAAAUCCACUCUCGACUCCGAGUAUAUUUCAAAGACCUUAAAUUUUUUUAUUUCCCUUGCGAGGGAAUAUUCCUUUUUUCUCUGCUCAUUCCUCCCCAUCCUGUCCAUCUCUUUUCCAGCUGGGAGGCGGGCGAGUGGUCAGCCUGCAGCAAAUCCUGCGGCCUGGGCACUCAGCACCGCCAAGUCCUGUGCCGGCAGAUCUACGCCAACCGCAGCACCAUGGUGCACCCCCAGAGGUGCGCACAGCUGGAGAAGCCUAACGCCACCCAGGCCUGCCAAGUCCAGGUUUGCAGCCGCUGGGAAGUCCGCACUAACUGGAGUUCGGUAAGGGAUUUGGUGGUAGCUGGGGGGGGGAGGAGAGGAUGGGGCGUUGGAGGGGUCAUUUCAGCAUGGGAAGCAGCAGCAAACUCUAAAGCAGGGUAUCUGGAAUGCCUGCAAAAUGGGCAUCGAUGUAAGACAAUGAGAAAUGUGCAUUCAGCAGGGUGGAUUUGAUUUAAAUCAAAUUGAAUUAAAUCAUGAUUUAAUUCACUUGUCAGUAAGACUUGAUUUAAAUCGUGUGUUUUUUUACAGAAAGACUCAUUCUUGCCGGUAUAAUAUUAAUAUUUACAACCAGAUGAAGGUUUCAUUUUUGGAAUAAUGAAUUUUCAGUGUAGUUUUUGCAGUCAUAUCAAAAAUUACUGAUUUGGGUAUACCAUUAGAAAUACAUAGACAGAUAAAUUAUGAAAUUAUUGUGAGGUUUAAUAAGUUAACUACUUAUAUUUGGACAACUUUUCUGCUGUACUUUAUUGGAAGGAGACAAAUAAGUCAUUUCCUUAACAACUGAAACAAUUUAUUUAACUAAAACAAUAAUAUUAUAGCAUAUGUAUCCAUGUUUGUUAACGGAUGUGGUUAAACUUUUUUUUAAAAAAAACAACACUGAGUUUUAGUACACAUGAAAAACUAAAAACAAAUCUUUAUUUCCUCAUGAAUAGCCUUUGGACUAUAAUGUAACCUAAAUAGAAAACUACUGUAUCUUUAGAAAGAUUUUUCCUCCAAAAGCAUUUUAUUUUAAAAACCUGAUUUAAAUUUUUAAAAAAUCCGAUUUUAAAAAAAUAAAUAAAUCCAAUUUUAUUGAUUAUUUUUUUUAUAAAAAAUUAUUGAUUUUUAUCCACCCUGGCUUAAUUUCUGCCAUGUGCUUUGUGUGGGGCUGCCCUUGCGCCUGGCCUGAAUGCUGCAACAACUUGUGCAGGAUAAGACCCUCAGUAGAUCCUUGCAGCUGAGCCAAAGAGGUCCCUCUUGCCCAGCAUCCUGUUCUCACGGUGGUCGAUUAAUAAUAAUAAUAAUAAUAAUAAUAAUAAUAAUAAUAUUUUAUUUAUAUCCCUCCGCAGCCAAAGCUUGGCUCAGAGCCGCUAACAACAUUAAAAGUAACACAGCAUUCUAAAAUCAAUUCAUUCUAAAAUCAAUUCAGAAUCAAAUUAAUGGCAACCAUUGGGCAAGAGUUCUAUGAGGAUUACCGAAGGAGAGAGGGGGUCAGACUGUGCCUUGGCCAAAGGCCUGGUGGAACAGCUCUGUCUUGCAAGCCCUGCGGAAAGAUGUCAAGUCCUGCUGGGCCCUAGUCUCUUGGGACAGAGCAUUCCACCAGAUCGGAGCCACAGCCGAAAAAGCCCUGGCUCUGGUUGAGGCCAGCCUAACCUCCCUGUGGCCCGGGAUCUCCAAGAUGUUUUUGUUUGAAGACCGUAAGGUCCUCUGUGGGACAUACCAGGAGAGACGGUCCCAUAGGUACGAGGGUCCUGGGCCGUAUAGGGCUUUAAAGGUUAAAACCAGCACCUUAAGCCUGACCCUGUACUCCACCGGGAGCCAGUGCAGCUGGUAGAGCACCGGGUGAAUGUGAUCCUGCAGCGAGGACCCCAUAAGGAGUCUCACCGCAGCAUUCUGCACCUGCUGGAGUUUCUGGGUCAGUCUCAAGGGCAGCCCCACGUAGAAUACCCACAAAGAACCUAGAAACCUGGAUAGACUGCCACUGGAUUUGGAGGUUCCACAAGGGCAUAAGAACAGCCCUGCUAGAGCAGCCCAGUGGCCUAUCUAGUCCAGCAUCCUGUUCUCACAGGGGCCAACCAGAUACCCCAAUGGGAAGCCCAGAAGCAGGACUCGGGCGCAAGAGCCCUCUCCCUCUCCCUCUCUCUCCUGUGGUUUCCAGAACACAGCAGCAUUUCUGCUUCCAACCACGGAGACUCAGCUAGUAGCCAUUGAUGGCCUUGUUAUCCUCCACGAAUUGGCCCCGCCCUCUUUUAAAGCCGUCCAAGUUGGCGACCAUCGCUGCUUCCUGUGGCAGGGAGUUCCGCAGUUUGACUGGGCACUGUAUUAUCGGUCCCCUUUCUUUCGUUUGUCCUAAACCUUCCGGCAUUCGGCAUCCUUGGAUGUCGAAACAGAAUGCACGAUAGCUCGUCUCCUCCUUGUGGGAAUGUUCAGGCAUGCAGGAGAGGAUUUAUUGUUUGGUUAUAGCCUUCCCAACUUGUGUUAACGAGUUCACAAUUUAGCAGAGUAACAUCCCCCUUUUUAAACUCAAAGCGGAUAGAAUCAUAGAAUCAUAGAGUUGGAAGAGCCUCUACAAUAACUGUUCUGACGUUUCCCAUAUUCCCUGCAUAGCAGGAUAAGACCAUGAAGCAGUCUUCUAUAAAGUAUAAAAGAGUUACUCAAUUCUGUUCACAUUCAGAUCUCCAGAAGGGAGACUCUACGCACUUAGGAAGCAACAUACCACAGUCGAACAGCUCGUACUGUCAGGAAGUUCUUCCUAUGUUUAGGUGGAAUGCAUCCUUCUUGUAGCUAGGAGCCAUUGCUGCGCGUCCGCUAUCGGGAGCAGCAGAAGACAACCUUGCUGCCUCAGCUAUGUGACAUCCUGCUCGCUGUCUUGAACAUGGCUAUCAUAUCACCGCGCAACCUCCUCUUCAGCCGGGCAGACGGCUCGCUAGCAGUCCUCAUAAGGCAUCGCUUCAGGCCUUGACCAUUUGGCAGCCUCUCCUGGACACGGUCCAGUGGCAGUGUCCGUCUUGGACUAUGGUGCCCAGAACUGGACACAGCACCACAGGUGAGUCUGACGCAGAUCCGUAUACAGUGGGACUAUUGCUGCCCUGAUCUAGAUGCUAUAUCUAUUGAUGCAGCGCAGAAGUGCACUGAUAUUUGGCUGCAUCAGUCACCUGUUGGCUCAUGUCAAGUCUGUGGUCAACCAAGACUCCUAGAGCCUUUCACAUGGACUGCUCUCGUCAGGUGUCGCCCAUCUUGUGUUUGGCUUCUCCUGCUCUAGCCUCAGGCUCGCAUUAAGCCUCCAUAAGACACUUCUGGUAUUUCCCCUUACUUCUAUAGAGAUGAGACACAACAGAGUCUUCUAUAAGAGUAUAAAAGAGUUUACUGACAUUCUGUUCACAAUCAGAUCCCAGGAGGCAGUCCUAGCUUAGUCACUCUCAUAUGACCUGGAAGCUUUCAUAGAGGGACAUCUUUGAGCUAAGCAGAUGUUGCUUCUUCGAUGCAUGUAGUCAAAGAGAGAGAGAUGGCUGCCCUGCCCUGUGCUUUUGGCGUUACCUGCACAGGUGAGGCCACGCCAACCUCUAGUCACAUGCAGAGGAAGUCUGUCCCAGCCCAGAAGGAAACAGGAAGUUUACCUGCUGGCUGGACAAACAUUCCUCCCCAUGUGUAAACAUCUUCAUUCUAGGAAUGUUGUACUUGACUGCUCUUGUGUUUCACAUCCCAUACUCCUUCCCCCUUCUAGUGCUCGGUCCUCUGCGGCACCGGACAUCGGACGCGCCACGUCCGCUGCGUCAGUAACCACGGCGACUUGCUCCGCGACAGCGACUGCCCGGUGAACCAUCGCCCGAAAACCAGUGAAGUUUGCGACAUGGGGCCUUGCGUGCGCACCUGGUUCUACAGCGACUGGAGCAACACGGUACCUCCUCUCCCCUUUCUUUUUUAACCCGUGGGUCUUCCUCGUCUCUCUUCCCCAGCCCAAAAUUCCCCAUCUCUCCCAGAGCUAGAUUAAAACCGUGCAAAGGCGUUUCCUCCUACGCUGCUACCCUCCUGCCUCGCUUCCAUUUCUGGCCGCGCAAACCGCUCUCUGAUACUUCAAAUAAAUAGCUGCACAAUCUUGCUCUCCUCUCUAUUUAAAUCUCCCUUUGUGUAGAGAUUUUCAAAAGGGAAACGUGACAAAUCUGAAGGAUCUUGAAUUGUGCAGGCUGUUUAUGUUAGCCAGAUUUAAUAUGAUAGUAAGAGGAAGAUAUUUAGCUCUCCCAGAAUCAGAGCGUCUCUGCAAAUGUAGUAAACAGGAACCUGAUACUUUGGAGCAUAUUUUCUUUUCUUGUGAUUUUGGCAUUUAUGCCAGAAGACCAUUAUUAGAGGCCUUACAACACAAUAGGCUCAAUUCUAUGCUACCAAAAGUUCAGGACCUGCUCUCGGACAGGAAUGAUCAAAUUACUUUAAUAGUGGCUGACUUUUUGAGUGCUGUCCAUGUAGAAAGACUGGGCCAUUAUAAAGAGAUUUAGUGGUUCUGAAUUGAUUGGUGAUGUGGUAAUGUUGUAUUGUAUUAUUUAUGCAAAUUGAUUUUCUCUGGAGUUAAAGAUCGGACUGGGACAAACCUUGUUAUGUUGAGCUCAUAUUUUGCUCAAAUUGUAUACGGUGUCUGUUUGAUAAUGUGUGGUUUGCUAUGCCUAAUAAAGGAUAUAUUUGAAAAAAAUAGCUGCACAAUGCACUUCGGCUCACUCGUGUGACGUUCAGUUAACUCCAAGGCACCUUUUGAACAAAACCCCAGGGAUUGCUGCAAGUGAGAUAUGAAUGGUUUGUGGGAGAUAGGCUAGAAAUGGCUGCCUCUCUUCCCAGGUGUCAAAAAAGGUUAUUUAUGUGUGCUGCUACUACUGCAGCCUGUGUUUAGCUCGCCCAAAAAUGGAAAACGAGUGAGGUAACAACCAAAGAAGAGCAGAAACUUAAGUUGACAGAAUAUGUGCAGUUUGCAGACUUAACAUAUAGAAUAAGGGAACAAGAAGAACAUACGUUUAGAGAAUAUUGGAAAACGUUUAUUGAAUAUAUGGGAAAUAACUGUGUAUGGCUGAAAACGCUGGCAGCAUUGAGAUAAAUUCAACAGUGUAAAUAAAGUUAUGAUGGAUGUAAUAACAGAAUACUGAAUGGUAUAUUUUCUGUAAGAUAUGCAGGGAUUUAUGAUAUGUAAAAUCAGUGCUUUUUUCUGAAGGUACACAGGGGUACGCAUACCCCUAAACAUUUUGCAAAUGUUUGUACUUUUGUCUAUUUACUGCAUUUAUUUUCCCCGAUUUGAACUAUAAAAUGGUGGUUUUCUUGAGUCAAAAUGACAGUACCUCUAAACAUUUUUUUUUAGAAAAAAAGCACUGUGUAAAAUGAACCCUGAAAAGAGAAGAAGGGAAGUCGUUGAUACUUUAAGGAUGUAAAAAUGAGUAUUUUAAAUUGGAAUGGCAGGAAAAUUGAUAAAAAAUAUAUACAAAGAAAUAGCUGCCUCUCGGGCUGCUGGAGUAUUGAGGAGGGGAAUGAUGAUGAUGAUGAUGAUAUUUUAUUUAUAGCCCGCCCUUCCCGGUUCAAAAACUGGGCUCCGGGCAGCUAACAACAAAUUUAAAACACUUAAUUGUAAAAGCAGCAUAAAAUACAGUAUAAAAACAUGAAUAACAAUAAAAUUCAAAAUUCAGAAAUCAAUUUAGGGGAAAUAUGCAUUAGAUAAUCCCCAGGGCUAGCUGGCUGAAUCCGUCCUACUUGGGCCAGCGAGGAGGCCAGGGGAGAGUUAGCUGUGGGGUCUCAGAGCGGGUGAUCUUCAUAAAAGGGGAGGGAAAAGAAGGGAAAUAAAAGAUCAGGCUGAAUUCAAAUUAAAGGCCAGGCAGAAUAGCUCUGUCUUACAGGCCCGACGGAAGGAGGUUAAAUCUUGAAGGGCCCUAGUCUCAUGGGACAGAGCAUUCCACCAUGUCGGAGCCAUCACUGAAAAGGCCCUGGCCCUGGUGGAGGAUAGUCUGACUUCCUUAGGGCCCGGGACCUCUAAGCUAUGGUUAUAAGAAGAGCCAGUGGUAUGAUAAAGCUUAUGAAAGUCUCUCGCAUUCCCUCUCUCCCUCUUUCUCCUCUCCAGUGCUCAGCCGAGUGCGGGACGGGGAUCCAGCGGCGCUCGGUGGUCUGCCUUUCGAGCGCCGCCAACGGGCAGGUGGAGGAGAACUGCGCCGGCACCAAACCAGCCGACAUGAGGGCAUGCAACGGCGGUCCGUGCCAGAGGGUCAACCGGUGGUACACUGGGCCAUGGAGUCCGGUGAGCAGCGCCCCUCGUCCCGUCCCGGUCUCGUCGCCAGCAUCGUUUGAACCCGGUUUGCAAAAGCUUAAGGCGUGCAUCCCCAGACUCGGCCCUCCAGAUGUUUUGGGACUACAACUCCCAUCAUCCCUAGCUAACAGGACCAGUGGUCAGGGAUGAUGGGACUUGUAGUCCCAAAACAGCUGGCGGGCCAAGUUUGGGGGUGGCUGGCUUAAGGCAUCCUGGGAAUGGUAGUUUUUGCGAACAAGCGACUGGCGACUAACAGGAGGAGUCCUGGCUCCCUCACAAAACUACAGAUCCCAGGAUUCCUUGCAGCUUGCAGGGAGCCUCAACAGCUAGACAGAUUUCGGACCUCGAAUCAUAGAGUUGGAAGGGACCCAUAAGAGCCAUCUAGUUCAACCCGCUGCAAUGCAGGAAUCAGUCAACAUGUUUGCUAAGGGUGUUGCGAGUUGUUAAGAGGAGACUCCCUAUUGCCCUUCCUCACAGAGCCAGAUUUCCCGGGGUUGAGUGUUAAACCACUCUGAGGACUGUGAGGGGAUUUUUUUUGGGGGGGGGGGGGUGUUACUCCUUACAAGUUUCAGCACCCUUAGUUUUAUUUCUUUUUAUUUAUUUCAAAAAAAUUAUACACUGCUUGAUUGUAAAAAAAAUACACAGCAACACCUCAAAGUGGUUUACACAAAAAGAACAUAACAAUAGAUUUACCAGUGAAAAAAUAGUUAAAAACAACUAUUUAAAAUGAGAAAAAAAAUAUUGAUAGACUAAAAACAGAUUAGAACAUGCGUCAACAUUCUACAAAUGUGGGUGGACAGGAAUAAAACCAAGUCUGAAAGUAGAGCUAACUAAAAGACCUAGACCUUAAUUGAGCAUAGCUGUCAACCGUCCCUUAUUUGGCAGGAAACUCCCUUAUCCCAGCGCCAUGUCCUGCUGCUGUCCCUUACUGAUGAUAUCCCUUAAAUUUCCCGGGUUUCAUGCUUGCCCGGCUCGGGGCCCUCCGCCGUGAGAGAGAGUGCACGCUGGCGCCGUUGUCCUGGCACAAGGAGUUCCAUCGGUCCUUCCCCGCCCGAGAGACUUUUGCCCACGCCGCCCGCGAGCUUGGAGGCGGCAGCGGGGGUGGCAGCUGAGGAGGCAGUCUGAGGGAGGAGGAAGAGGAGGCGAUGGGGAGGAAUGUAGAAGGGCAGCGCUUCAGCGGCCACCGCAGCGCCUCAACCACCUCAUUCCGGAUUGACAGCAUCUGUCAAUCCUACCAAUGUAGGCAACUCUUUACAAUAGCAAAAUUCCUUAUUUUGGCUGCUGAUCCCUUAUUUUCAAGGCUGCUGGUCCCUUAUUUUCAAAUCUGUAAGUUGACAGCUAUGUAUUCCAGGCAUCCCCAACCUUUGGCCCUGCAGAUGUUUUGGCCUACAACUCCCGUCAUCCCUAGCUAACAGGACCAGUGGUCAGGGAUGAUGGGAACUGUAGUGCAAAACAUCUGGAGGGCCAAAGGUUGGGGUUGCCUGCACCACAUUUAAGACACUAUCGUAGCACUUUGCACAACCAUGGCUUCCCCGAAAGAAUUCUGGGAACUGUAGCUUGUCCCUUGCAGAGCCCAGCACCCUUGGCUUCUCACAGCGAGGGAACCGCCAGAAGGCCCUCGGCGCUGGACCUCAGUGUCCAGGCAGAACGAUGGGGAUGGAGACGCUCCUAUAUUCAACACAGAAAAAAUUGUUGUUGACUAAGGACAGCUGGACAUAUAAAGGGCCCCAUUACCUUCAGUAGGGGACGCGGGUGGCGCUGUGGGUUAAACCACAGAGCCUAGGACUUGCCAAUCAGAAGGUCGGCGGUUCGAAUCCCCGCGAUGGGGUGAGCUCCCGUUGCUUGGUCCCUGCUCCUGCCAACCUAGCAGUUCGAAAGCACGUCAAAGUGCAAGUAGAUAAAUAGGUACCACUCCGGCGGGAAGGUUAACGGCGUUUCCGUGCGCUGCUCUGGUUUGCCAGAAGCGGCUUAGUCAUGCUGGUCGCAUGACCCGGAAGCUGUACACCGGCUCCCUCGGCCAAUGAAGCGAGAUGAGCGCCGCAACCCCAGAGUCGGUCAUGACUGGACCUAACAGUCAGGGGUCCCUUUACCCUUUACCUUUUACCUUCAGUACCUUAGGGCCUCAUCAAACCUAAAUCCGGCCCUGAUCCGCCUCCCCCUCUGCCUCUUCGUCCCCCCAGUGCUCAUCGGACUGCAGUACGGGCACCCAGCGGCGCGACCUCAUCUGCGUCAGCAAGCUGGGCGCUGAGUUCAACGUGACGGACGCCUCGGACUGUGCCCACCUGGAGAAGCCGCCCUCCUUGCAGCCCUGCGUGGGCACGUCUUGUGAGGCCCGCUGGUUCUCCACCGCCUGGAGCUCUGUGAGUGAGGGCGAGGGUCUGACACGGGUGGGGCGGGAACCCCCUUCCACACGUAAGAUUCGGAGAACGGACAAAACGGGGAAGGGGUUUGCGGCAGGGAAUACCCCAGGGUGGGUUUGAUUUAGGUCGAAUCAAUUUAAAUCACUAGUCAGUAAGUCUUGAUUUAAUAAUAAUAAUAAUAAAUAAUAAUAAUUUUUAUGUAUACCCCGCCCUCCCCGGCCAAAUCCGGGCUCAGAGCAGCUAACAUCAAAUGUUUAAUCAUUUUUUUUACAGAAAGGCUCAUUCUUGCUUAAUAUUUAAUAUUUACAGCCAGAUGAAGGUUUCGCUUUUGGAAUAAUGAAUUUUCAGAGUAGUUUUUGCAGUCCUAUCAAAAAUCACUGAUUUGGUUAGAAAUACAUAGACAGAUACAGUGGUACCUUGGGUUACAUACGCUUCAGGUUACAUACGCUUCAGGUUACAGACUCCGCUAACCCAGAAAUAUUACCUUGGGUUAAGAACUUUGCUUCAGGAUGAGAACAGAAAUUGUGCUCCAGCGGCGCGGCAGCAGCAGGAGGCCCCAUUAGUUAAAGUGGUGCUUCAGGUUAAGAACAGUUUCAGGUUAAGAACGGACCUCCAGAACGAAUUAAGUACGUAACCAGAGGUACCACUGUAUAUUAUGAAAUUAUUGUGAGGUUUAAUAAGUUGACUGUUUAUAUUUGGACACCUUUUCUGCUGUACCUUCUAAAUCCAGCCCGCGGACGGUCUGGAAUCAGCGUGUUUUUACAUGAGCAGAACGUGUCUUUUUAUUUAAAAUGCAUCUCUGGGUUAUUUGUGGGGCCUGCCUGGUGUUUUUACAUGAGUAGAAUGUGUCCUUUUAUUUAAAAUGCAUCUUUGGGUUAUUUGUGGAGCAUAGGAAUUCAUUCAUUUUUUCCCCUUCAAAAUAUAGUCUGGCCCCCCGCAAGGUCUGAGGGACAGUGGACCGGCCCCCUGCUGAAAAAGUUUGCUGACCCCUGAUUCAGAUUUACGCCUUUUUGCCAGUUUACUCGGUAUUAGAUACCACCGAUAUAUAAUUUUAAUAUAAUUUUCUCUUAAACUGUAACAUGCUGUAUAUUUUAGGUCCAUAUUCCACAACCGUUCCGUUUUCCCUUUGUCCUUUCAGUGCUCCAGGUCCUGCGUUGGGGGCGUCCAAGUGAGAGAGGUCCAGUGUCUGACCCAAAACAAGACCCUGAGCAACCUUUGUCCGCCAGAUCUCAAGCCCAUCAAGAAACGGCCCUGCAACGUUCAGCCCUGCCUAUUGGACCUCGGUAAACCACCCGGCCCCCUCCUCCUCCCUACGGCCAAAAAUGGGGGGAGGACGGGCAGGCAGGCUGAAAAACUCCACACGCCCGAGGGGUGCAUUUCUGCAAAGUCGUUUAUUUGCAGAGAUACAAUUCCUACAAUAUGACGUGGUGGUAUACGGUGUAGUCAUUCAAAGCAGGGCCUUCCAUGUGGCUGCCCCUCUUCCGUGGAAUGGCAUCCCCGUCGAGAUACGGCAGGCCCUCACUAUCUGCCCUUUUCGGUAACAACUGAAGAUGGUUGUUUUUGUUCCAGCAGGCUUUCCCAGCUGGAUAAAAGGAUUCUUACAAGUGUCAGCUUGUUAGGGUUUUAGUCUUGAUACAGAAUGGUAGAAUUGGAAGAGACCCUGUGGAUUGUCUAUUCCAGUGGUUCUCAACCUGUGGGUCCCCAGAUGUUGUUGGACUACAACUCCCAUCAUCCCUGAGCUCUGGCCUUGCUAGCUAGGGGUGAUGGGAGUUGUAGUUCAACAACAUCUGGGGACCCACAGGUUGAGAAAGGCUGGACUCUAUACCAACCCCCCUGCAACGCAGGAAUUUGCAGCGGUCCCUUAUGGCAGUAUUGGGACGCGGGAGGCGCUGUGGGUUAAACCACAGAGCCUAGGACUUGCUGAUCAGAAGGUCGGCGGUUCGAAUCCCCAUGACGGGGUGAGCUCCCGUUGCUCGGUCCCUGCUCCUGCCAACCUAGCAGUUCGAAAGCAUGUCAAAAUGCAAGUAGAUAAAUAGGUACCGCUCCGGCGUGAAGGUAAACGGCGUUUCCGUGCGCUGCUCUGGUUCGCCAGAAGCGGCUUAGUUAUGCUGGCCACAUGACCCGGAAGCUGUAUGCCGGCUCCCUCAGCCAACAAAGCGAGAUGAGUGCCCCUGACCAUUCGGUCCAGUCGCAGACGACUCUGGGGUUGCAGCACUCAUCUCGCUUUAUUGGCUGAGGGAGCCGGCAUACAGCUUCCGGGUCAUAUGGCCAGCAUGACUAAGCCGCUUCUGGCGAACCAGAGCAGCGCACGGAAACACCAUUUGCCUUCCCGCCAGAGCGGUACCUAUUUAUCUACUUGCACUUUGACAUGCUUUCUAACUGCUAGGUUGGCAGGAGCAGGGACCGAGCAACGGGAGCUCACCCCGUCGCGGGGAUUUGAACCGCUGACCUUCUGGUCGGCAAGUCCUAGGCUCUGUGGUUGAAUCCACAGCGCCACCCUUGUCCCUGUAAAAAUGUCAGAUAGUUGUUUUAAAUUAUUCCGGGAGCUGUGGUUAUGAGGUCACUGAAGACGUGAGCCGAGAACUUAUCCCAGUGAAGAGAGUCAUAUUUCCCCAUCUGUUGAGAGAGUUAACGGGGCAGGGGACAUUCCCAGUCUCCUUGUCAGGUUCGUCAAGUUGGAGACCCCACAACUCUUUGGGGUUUUUUCAUGUUGCUUUUCCUCUUUGGUCGGCAGAUGAGAACUGCAGGGACAAAUACCACAACUGCCCGGUGAUCGUGCAGGCCCGCCUCUGCGUCUACUCCUACUACAAAGCCGUCUGUUGUGCCUCAUGUACUCACGCCUUGGAGAGGCGCCACGCCGGACCGAGCCGAUAG